UUAACAGAUGUCAAACUCCCUUCCAGAAAGAAAAAACACCAGUUUAUGAGCAAGUUUCAAGGCAAAUUAAGAAACCUGACUAUACCAUGAAGCCAUUAAGCGACCUUCCUGUUCCAGAGCAAGUGCCUUAUGUACAUGAACCACAGUUGAAGCCAGCUGGCAGGAAACCUGUGGAAACUCCUGUGUCCUUUGAGGGUCUGAAGAAAAUCCCCAAGAGAGAGAGCCCUCCUAUAUUAUAUGAGGCACCAUUAUUUCCAGAGGAAGUUGUUCAAGAACAAAGGUCACUGGUCGAACCAUUAGAGAGAAUGCCCCGACCACAACCACCAGCUCAGGUUAAAGAAUCGCCAAUUCCAUCUAGAGAGGUACAGCCUGAAGUUUACAUACCUUUUGAUCAGUUGGAAAAAACUAAAAUCAAGGAGGAUCAAAUAACUCCACAGCAGCUCAGACCAUCACCACAAGCAAGUUUUGAAUCAUUUUCGAAAUUGCCCAAACCCCAAAUUCCAGAAUAUCCAGAGUUUGAAGAAGAGGUACCGUUUGAUGCUCAACCAGAGCAGCAAUAUCCAGUAUCAUUUCCUGAGAGAAAACCCAAACCAGAAGUUGCUGUUAAACCUCGUGCUAAGCAACCAACACAUCCAGGAAGACCACAGGUGAUGGAGGAAUUACAAGAUACUGAGGCUACUGUAGGAGAAGAAACUCAAUUGCAUACAAUCAUCAUAGGUCUACCAAGACCAAGGAUCCAGUGGCUUAGAAAUGGACGUCCCAUUGAUGGAGACCGCUUUGAGACAAUCGUCCAAGAAGAUGGAACAUGCAUACUUGUGAUAAAGAUUGUACUGGAGGAAGAUCAAACAGUCUAUGAAUGUAGAGCCACUAAUCCAUUGGGGACAGUGUCUUCUUUUGGAAAUUUGACAGUGACUACACAGGAGACCACCACAAGAAGAACAGUAACAGAAACUGUCACAACAGAGAUUUAUACUACUGACAGUGAACAAGAGCAGUACUAUCCUCAUAGAACACAAAUAGAAAUUGGUCCUGGUCAUGACAGGCGAACCUUCAUCCCACCAAGGCAGCCACGACCUGUCAGUUCAUCUAUAGAGAUAUCUCCAGAGGAUAGAACAGAGACAAUGACCACAACUACUGUUACAGAAACCAUCACAAGAUAUGACGAUGACACUUUGUCUGAUAUCACAACCCAGAGGUCAGAAUAUGACAUGUAUCCUGAAUACGAACGGCCCUCACAAGAAAUUGAGUUGAUAAUAGAUGGUGUCCGACCCCACCCUCAAAGACAAACUGCAACUGUUCAAGGAAGACCAAGGGGACCAGAGAUCCGUGAGAGGACCACAAUUGACAUUGAUAGGCGAGCUCCUCUUGCACCUGUUGAGUUCAUAAUCGACACAAGGGAAGAUCAGCCACAAGAAGAGUAUGAGACUAUUACAAGAAGGAAGAAGACAACUGUUGUCACAAGAAGGGAUAAUGAAGAAGAUCAGGAACCCAUAGAAAAAUACUCCAUUGAAUAUCCUCAGGAGCCAAGGAGACCAGUCGAUUUCUCAUUUGACCUGCCAACUCCAAGUUCAGUUGAUUACUCGGAAGAAGAAAUUUUGCCAAGAUACAUUGAACCACUCAAGAUAGAUGUAGACAUCCCAGAAACAUAUGAAAUUUGUCGUGGUGUGGAGGAUGUACAGCAGCCAACUCCAAUCGAAGUGCAAUUUGAGCAAGAGCCUGUGGAAGAAAUAACACUAGGGCCUGAGGAGAUAUUGCCAGUAAGACGUGAAAGACAUGAGCCAAUUGAGCUUACAUUUUCUCAGACACCAGUUGAGGAGAUUGAUCUUGGAUCUGAAAAAGUACUACCCCGUAAAGAGCCAAAGCCUAUUGAAUUGACCUUUGAAGGAGCAGAAGUAGAGGAAAUUUCGCUAGGUCCUGAGGAAGUGCUUCCGAAAGUUAAACCUAAGCCCCAGAAGCCUAUUGAAAUGAAAUUUGAUCAUGCUCCUGUGGAGGAAAUCACACUAGGCCCUGAAAGGGUUCCAUCUAAACCAUACAAGAAGCCUGAACCUUUUCAAAUGGAGUACGAAUGUCCUUCCGUCCAAGAUAUCCAGCUUAGAGAGGAACAGGUGAUGCCAAAACCCAAACGUCAACCAAUUGAGCUGACCUUUGCUCACAAAUCCACAGAGGAGAUAUAUCCUGGGGAAGAAGUGACAGCACCUCAACCUGAAAUUCCACUGCAGCCUGAAUUUGAAGAAUUGGUUAUACCAUCUGAAUAUGCUCCAGAUAUACCUACCAAGCAAAAGACAUUCGUGAAGCAGACAAUUGUGCAAGAAGUUCAUCCACAGCCAACCAAGAAACUACCGACUCCUGAAGAGAGAGGCAGGAGUGUCCUUGAAUUAGAAACUCGGCCUCAACCUCGUGAGAUCGAACUCAUUCUAGAUCUUAACCAACCUGACGAUGUCACUAGAACUUACACAGAGACUGUGACUACUGAAACAACCACCGUCACUGAGCAUGAAGAACAACCAAACGUUGAAUAUGAAGAAUUGAUUAUUCCAGGAGAGCCUGAAAGGCCAAGAAAACCAACACAGAAAGCUCAAAAGAAGCAAACAGAGCCAAUAUAUGUUGAGGAAUCUGACCUGUUGCCAGAAGAGUCUAUUCCUGGACAUUCUCCUUUAUCUCCUGAAGAUCUCCCAUUUGCACGUGCAGCUGUCACCAGGAUACCUCCAGAAGUCAUGACAGCUCCUGAUGAUGUUGAAGUUUCAUAUGGAGAUACAGCCAGGUUAGAAUGUCAAAUCACGGGAGAACCACAACCACUUGCCCGUUGGAACAGGGAUGGAACACCAGUGACAGGUAAUAGAUACCUAACACUUGUUGAGAGGGAUGGGCGUGUUGUUCUUGUAAUUAACCCAGUUGAAGAAGUUGAUGACACAGAGUUUGAGUGUGUUGCUACUAAUGCAGAGGGAACUGUGUCAACAUAUGCUGAUGUAUAUGUUCAGGAUAUCCCUACAGAGAAGGUGAAAAGCCGCACAGAAAAACGUCCAAAGAGGACUGAAAAGGUGUCUGUUUCUGUGAAACCCAAGAGAAGAGAAACUGCUGAAAUUGAAAUUGAUCAUGAGGAAGACCGCCCACUUAAGUCAUUCGAGGUAACCGUUGAUGUUCCUAAACCACUCUCUCCAGAAGAUGUUCAACAACGACCCCGUGGCCCAGCUGACGUUCCAGUUCAGCCAAUGCAAAGAUUCAAACCUGACAAACCAGAAUUUGAAGUUCUUGUAAUCCCAAAGCAACCUGAGGAAGAAGAAGAAAGUAUUACUAUAUCAGAGAGUGUCACAACGGUUGUCGAAACUAAAGAGGUUGUUGCUCCACGUGAGACAACACAAAUUUUAAUCGAUCAGAAACAACGACCUCUUGCUCCUAUAGAAUUAACACUUGAUGUGCCUAAGGAGGAAGAGCCAGAGUAUGAGGUGCUAGUUGUACCUGAAGUACCCGAGGAGGAGUCUGUUACAACUGUAACAGAAACUGUAACUACAGUUGUUGAAACUGAAGAAUAUCCUGAUAAACGUGAGACAACAAAAGUACAAAUGGAAACUCAAAGGACGCCACUUGCACCUGUAGAACUUACUUUUGAGGCUCCCAGGCACGAGCAACCAGAAUAUGAAGAAAUCGUCUUUCCAGCUGAGAAGCCUCAUGAACAGCCUGAAUAUGAAGUCUGUGUCAUUCCCCAGGAAAGACAGCCGGAAGAAGAGACUGUCACAACUGUUGAAGAGAUUGUUACAACUGUUGUUGAGACACAAGAGAUUCCAGAGACACAUGAAACCACACAAGUGUUACUCGAAAAGAAGAAAAAACCUCUUGCUCCUAUGGAGUUGACUUUCGAUAUUCCCAAAGAAGAAAAGCCUGAAUAUGAAGUCCUCGUCAUUCCUCAGGAAAGACAGCCGGAAGAAGAAACUGUCACUACUGUUGAAGAGAUUGUUACAACUGUUGUUGAGACACAAGAGAUACCAGAGACGCGUGAAACCACACAAGUGUUACUGGAGAAAGGGAAAAAACCACUUGCACCAGUGGAGUUGACUUUCGAUAUUCCCAGAGAAGAAAAGCCUGAAUAUGAAGUCCUCGUCAUUCCUCAGGAAAGACAGCCGGAAGAAGAAACUGUCACAACUGUUGAAGAGAUUGUUACAACUGUUGUUGAGACACAAGAGAUACCAGAGACGCGUGAAACCACACAAGUGUUACUGGAGAAAGGGAAAAAACCACUUGCACCAGUGGAGUUGACUUUCGAUAUUCCCAGAGAAGAAAAGCCUGAAUAUGAAGUCCUCGUCAUUCCUCAGGAAAGACAGCCGGAAGAAGAAACUGUCACUACUGUUGAAGAGAUUGUUACAACUGUUGUUGAGACACAAGAGAUACCAGAGACGCGUGAAACCACACAAGUGUUACUGGAGAAAGGGAAAAAACCACUUGCACCAGUGGAGUUGACUUUCGAUAUUCCCAAAGAAGAAAAGCCUGAAUAUGAAGUCCUCGUCAUUCCUCAGGAAAGACAGCCGGAAGAAGAAACUGUCACUACUGUUGAAGAAAUUGUGACAACUGUUGUUGAGACACAAGAGAUACCAGAGACGCGUGAAACCACACAAGUGUUACUGGAGAAAGGGAAAAAACCACUUGCACCAGUGGAGUUGACUUUCGAUAUUCCCAAAGAAGAAAAGCCUGAAUAUGAAGUCCUCGUCAUUCCUCAGGAAAGACAGCCGGAAGAAGAAACUGUCACUACUGUUGAAGAAAUUGUGACAACUGUUGUUGAGACACAAGAGAUACCAGAGACACGUGAAACCACACAAGUGUUACUGGAGAAAGGGAAAAAACCACUUGCACCAGUGGAGUUGACUUUCGAUAUUCCCAAAGAAGAAAAGCCCGAAUAUGAAGUCCUCGUCAUUCCUCAGGAAAGACAGCCGGAAGAAGAAACUGUCACUACUGUUGAAGAGAUUGUUACAACUGUUGUUGAGACACAAGAGAUACCAGAGACACGUGAAACCACACAAGUGUUACUGGAGAAAGGGAAAAAACCACUUGCACCAGUGGAGUUGACUUUCGAUAUUCCCAAAGAAGAAAAGCCCGAAUAUGAAGUCCUCGUCAUUCCUCAGGAAAGACAGCCGGAAGAAGAAACUGUCACUACUGUUGAAGAGAUUGUUACAACUGUUGUUGAGACACAAGAGAUACCAGAGACGCGUGAAACCACACAAGUGUUACUGGAGAAAGGGAAAAAACCACUUGCACCAGUGGAGUUGACUUUCGAUAUUCCCAAAGAAGAAAAGCCCGAAUAUGAAGUCCUCGUCAUUCCUCAGGAAAGACAGCCGGAAGAAGAAACUGUCACUACUGUUGAAGAGAUUUUUACAACUGUUGUUGAGACACAAGAGAUACCAGAGACGCGUGAAACCACACAAGUGUUACUGGAGAAAGGGAAAAAACCACUUGCACCAGUGGAGUUGACUUUCGAUAUUCCCAAAGAAGAAAAGCCUGAAUAUGAAGUCCUCGUCAUUCCUCAGGAAAGACAGCCGGAAGAAGAAACUGUCACUACUGUUGAAGAGAUUUUUACAACUGUUGUUGAGACACAAGAGAUACCAGAGACGCGUGAAACCACACAAGUGUUACUGGAGAAAGGGAAAAAACCACUUGCACCAGUGGAGUUGACUUUUGAGGUCCCAAGAACUGAGCAUCCAGAGUUCGAGGAAGAAGUGCCCCAACAACCAGAAUAUGAAGUGGUUGUCAUGCCUAUGGAACAAGAACCAGAAAUGGAAACCAUCACUACUGUUACAGAAACUGUAACAACUGUUGUUGAAACAGAAGACCAGCCAGACUCAAGACAAACAACACAAAUUGAAAUUGACCAACAAAGGCAACCACUUGCUCCUAUUGAACUAACUCUUGAGAUUCCAAAAGAUGAAAAACCAGAAUAUGAAGUAUUAGUGAUGCCUACGGAGCAACCAGAAGAACAACCCGAAUAUGAAAUUCUUGUUCAACCAAUGGAGCAACCAAUAGAUGAAGAAGUCACUACUGUCUCUGAGACUGUUACAACUAUAACUGAAGUAGUCAGAACUGAAGAGGUUCCCGAUGCCAUUGAGACUACUAAGGUUAUUAUUGAUCAAGGUGAACAGCCUCUAGCUCCUGUAGAACUUACUUUUGAGAUUCCAGAGGAAGAAAAACCAAGAAUUGAAGAUGUUCCUGUGCAGCAAGAAUAUGAGGUUUUAGUUAUGCCAAUGGAAGAGGAGGAAAAAACAAUGACUACAGUAGUUACAGAAACGGUGACAACAGUCAUAGAAACAGAGGAAAUACCUGAAGUCAAAGAGACCAGUGAGAUGUUUAUUGACCAGAAACAGCCUCUUGGUCAAGUGGAAUUAACACUUGAAUUGUCUCCAGGUGAACAGCCAGAAAUUGGAGUUGUGCAGCCAUUUACAGAAGAAACUGUGGAAACUCUUUCUGAAGAUGUUCCAGACAGAGUAGAAGCUGUUCCGCAAGAGGAGGCAGGUGUACAAGUUGUUGUCACACAAGAACCACCCCAGGUUAUCAGACCUCUUGAAGAUAUUGUCACAGAUGUUGGUGAGACUGUGCGCUUAACAUCGCAAAUAGUAGGUCAUCCUCAGCCUGACAUCCAGUGGCUUAAACAUGGCAAACCUGUCACAGGAGAGAGAUUUGUAACCCUGAUUGAAAGAGACGGCAAUACUGUCCUACUAAUUUCACCAGUCAAGAAGGAGGAUGAAACAGAUUUUGAGUGCAUUGGUAUUAAUGAGGAAGGAACAGUUUCAACAAGAGCUGAAAUAUACCUGGGUCCAAAGAAACCACGUGAUAAGCCUACUGAAAAGCCUGUAAAGAAACCAGAACCACAGAAGAAAAAGCCAGUUGAGCAGCUUCCUAUCACUGAAGAGGUUCCGAUCCCACAAAAAGUAGAGCAGGAGCAACCAAGAGGGCCUGUGGACUUACCAGAAAAGCCUAAACAUCCUAUCACUGAAGAGGUUCCAAUGCCACAAAAAGUCAAGCAGGAGCGUCCAAGAGGGCCUGCAGACUUACCAGAAGAGCCUGAAUAUGAAGAAGUUGUUGCCAUCAGUGAAGAAAUGGUCUCUGCUGAGAUCCUAUUAAUGGCUGGUGAAGAGCCAGAAUAUGAGGAGGAAAUUGUGAUGCCAGAAGAGGAAGUGACUGAAAUUGAAAUAACUACUCGUGAAGUUACUGAUGUAGUUAUUGAGAAGAAACCUGAGGGUGUUCAGAUCGAAUUUGAGUUGCCUCAAGAAAAACCAGAAGAAACCUCUUCAACAACCGUCACACAGACUGUAACUAUGACUAUAGAACAAGAAGACAAAGGCCCGCAGAGAGCUGAGGUCGUGAUCGACCAAGAGCAACAGCCCUUGCAGCCGAUCGAACUCGUAUUAGAUGUAAGGGAAGAAGAAAUGCCACAGAUGCCAGAGUAUGAGGAACUAGUCAUACCUAGUGAGGAAAUGCCAGAAAAAACAGAGAGAACUGAAAUAGUGAUUGACAAAGAGGAGGAUGAGCAAAGGCCAAUCGAAAUUGUCUUUGAGGCUCCCCAGCAGACACAGGUAACAGAAGAAGUCUCAACCACUGUGACAGAAACAAUAUCAGAAGUUGUUGAAACGAGAAAAGACUUCGCCCCUAAACCAACUGAGGUUGUGAUGGAAAUUGAGGUUCCACGUGAACCUGAGGAACCAAGAGAAACUACUACUGUGAUUAUGGAAAAGGGACCAGAAGAACUGCAAGGUGUAGAGUUCAUUCUUGAUAUCUCCGAAGAACCAGAGAAACCUAAUGACAAAACAUUCAUUGAGAUCAUUCGCCAUGUCACUGAUAUCGAGGUGGAGAUUGGCAAUCGAGCUCACUUCACUUGCUUUAUAUUGGGAAACCCAAGGCCCACUUUCCAGUGGUCUGCCAAUGGAAGGCCACUCCAAGGUGACCGGUUCAUCUCCAUCUUCAAUUUAGAUGGAAUCUGUGAGCUGAUCAUCACUGAGGUACAGGAGGAAGAUGAGACUGUGUAUGUGUGCCGUGCUGAGAAUCCUGCCGGCGUUGUCACCACUGAGGCAGAACUUAUUAUUCCUGGUACAGAAGGCCCUCAGGAGUUUGCACCAGUUGAAAUUACCCUGGAGAAGUCUCCAGAAUCCUUUGAGGAGAUCACCACAAAGAAAACCACUACGAUUACCACCAAGAUCACUGAAAUACCAGAGGAUAUCGAAGUGCAGAUCAAAGACACUGCCACCAAGAUAACCGAGGAGAUCAUCCGCCAAGUGACCACGGAGCACAAGCAGGGUCCAGUAGUGGUCCAGGAGCUGGUGUCUCAGGAGGCGUCUCCGGGUGGGAUCGUUUACCUGGAGUGCAGGUUCACAGGCACCCCACAGCCAACCUUCAAGUGGUACCAUAAUGGGGAGGGCCUCAAGGGGGAGAGGUAUGUGGUGAUUAACUACAAUGAUGGGGUGAGUCAGCUCUGCAUUACUGAGGUUACCAAAGACGAUCAUGGUACCUUUGUGUGUGAGGCUACUAACCCACUCGGUAAUGCCACGACUGUUGCCGAGAUCCGUGUCUACGGUACCGACGAGCUACCCAAACCAGGAGAGAAGGCUGAAAUAAUUCUGCAAGUUGAACAAGAAGCUCCAAAGGACAUCGAGAUCAUCAUAUCUCCUCCAGAGUUUGUCCAGCCAAUCGUUGACAUUGAAGUUGCCGAGGGUGAUGAUGUGAGAUUCAAGGCCCAGGUCACUGGGUCACAGCCAAUCACUAUCACAUGGUACCAAGAAACAAAGCCCAUACAGGAAUCUCCCGAGUUCAAGGUUGCAUUUGAUGGCAAGACAUGUACCCUUGAGGUACCUGAGGUCUUACCUGAAGAUGCUGGGAAGUAUACCUGCAAGGCAGCCAAUCCCGCAGGAGAAGUCACCAGUACUGCAGUUCUUACUGUCAAAGAUAAGGGACCACAAAGAAUGCCCCUUGAUGAAUCAAUGAGGAAAGACUUGACAUAUCCGUUAGAGCAGAGUAUACCUUCUUUAAGCCCAUACCAACAUGGUGAUUACACAAGCUCAUCCAGUGAUGCUGAGUCAGUUAAAGAGCCAACAGAUAAAUUUGGCAUAGAUGAAAUAUUGGAAAAUGCUGUUCCUGGGUUUAUAUCAGAGGAAGAGGAAGAUGAUGAGAACAAAACAAAUGGUCCUAAUAGACUGCAACCUGAAAAAGGUGAUGGUUUACGGAUGGAUACAGGAUUGAGCCCAGGCACAUCAGAUGUAGAAGAUUCUGACAAAGAAUCAACAACAUCAGGCGAAUAUGACAUGGCAUCUCCAUCCGUGCUCACCCAUGAAUACUUUCACAUUGAUCCAAAACCUGGCAACCAGAGCCUUGCCCCAAUCAUUGAAGACACAGAGCAAAACAAUAAUAAUGAGAUUCAAACAAGCUCUGACCUUGAGAACAACAAAGAAAAUAAACCAGUCCCAUUAGAAGAGAAUAUGGUAAAGGAAACUCUGAAACCAACAGAGAAAGCUUUUCGUCCAUCCUUUGAAGAUCUUGAGCACAGUCAGCUAAAAUCAGAAGAUGAAGCUGAGCAAAAAGAACCACCAGAACACGCAUCUAAAUCACCAGAUAGUAAAACCAGCACAGACGAAGUAGAACACAUAGAUGCCACAUCUGAUUCUGUAUCCAAAUUAUCAGAUAGUUAUACCAGCACAGAUGAAGCAGAAAGUUCCAGAGAUGGCAGUGAUGAUGAUACAAGUUUGCCUGAGAGAAAUGGCCAAGAACAGACUGUAUUAGAGGGACUAUCUACUGCAACCGGGAAUCUGUUGCUUGAUGUAAUCUCUACAGAAGGCCAGCAUUCUUCUUGUGACGAGGACUACGAGGAUGAGGAAGAUGAUGUCUUCUUGGAAGAAAAAAGGAAGGCAUCCAUACAACAAGAUUCAGAAGACGAUGAAGAGAAUGACUACAUUGAGUUGUCUCACAAAGACUCUGUUGUUGAAAGUGAUUAUGAGCUUCUCCUUUCGACUGGAAGCCUCUCUUGUGAACCAGAGAAGAAAGAGAAGAAGUCGUCCUCAUCCAGUGAUGAUGAUGACUACACAGACCUAGUGAAGGAAGUAGUGACUGGACCAUCCCCUACCAAAGCAAUAGCAUAUUCUGAAUUUCUCCAACAAGCAAAGAAGAUGCUGGAAGAGGACGAAUCACAUGAAGACACACAAUCAGAAUCAGACAUCAAGAGCGAUGUGCAGAAAACAGAUGGGAAUACUUCCCCGUCGGCUCUCAGCCCCAAAGAAGAUUGGCAAUCUUUCACUCUCUCACUGGAAGCUAAACACAAACUGGGUGUGGUUCAGAUUACCAGAAAAGAAGAGGUUGUAGUGUAUGAGCAGGUUCUUGAAUGGCGGGAACCUCGCAAAAGUUCUGAUAUUGUACUUCCAAAUCAAGCAGACAUUCCAAAGUUGAGAGAUGAGGAAAAUGACAAGAUACCAGACUAUCAGAAGUAUGAGACACCGGAGGAAGAGAAGAAAAGUGAAUAUGUAGAAGACACCUUUGUCCAUCCAGUAUCUCCACGUAGAACUUUGCCAGAUCUUUCAUCUUCAGAUGAUGAAUCCAUUCAGUAUGCUGAAAUCUUACCAAACAGUUUACUGCCAAGAAAAUCUCUUAAUGUUGCUUUGUCUAGCAAAGGACAAGAAGAUGGAUCAGAAGGUCAAUCAAAAGACUCAGGUGAUGGAUCUUCCUCCGAUGAAUCUAUUAAAGUAGAGCAGGGGAAUAUAGACUCAAUUGCACUUCAGUUCACAGAGAAACAAAGAAUUAAGUCUCAAUCUUCUUCAGAAUCGGAUGGAUCAACACUAGACAGAUCUGAUGAGGAUGAGGAUGAUGAUUAUGAUGAUGAUCAUGAUCAUUCAGGCAAAGAAUUGGAGGAGGAAGCCAUAAGUCCAAGGAAUGAUUUUACAGUGGAGGCAUCACUACCAAGAGAAGCAAGACAGACACAAGAUUCAAGUAGUACAGAUGAGAGAGAGGAACCUGGUAGCCCUCAUUCUGACUUAAAGCCAGCAGAUCUAUUUCUUUCUGAAAUUGUUAUUCCUGUAGAUGGAGCGCCUCUUGAAAAAUCAUUUGUGUUUCAUUUGAGAGACCAUGAAUAUGGAAUAGAUGAAGGAGAACCUGAGGACAGUGAUCUGGACAUCAGUGAAGGUCAAGAGUCAAGUAUCUCCUUAGCAGAGAGAGUUGUAGUAAUAGAUCUGGGCUCAGAUCUCGAACACCUUUCUCCUACACUGCAUCAGAGUGAUGAUGACACAACUGCAGAAGAAUGUAGCCUUGGAGUGGUAUCUGUGGCAGACACACUGUACCAAACUGUUGAACUCUCUAUUCCUAUCCCCAAAAGAGAUCAUAGUGAAGAUACAGAUGAUGAUGAAGAUUGGGAAGACAUUCCUCGAUAUAAAACAAGUGUGGAAUUACCUUCGCCCUCCAACGAAGAGUAUUUUCUACCUAUCGAAGUGACACCAAGCAAAGUUCAAUCCAUCCACAGUUACCUAGAAUGGACCGAACCAAGGGAACCUUUGCAUUCACCAGUUUCUUCAGAAAGUAAAAGUUUCACUGAGAGUGACCUAGAGCAAGUUCUAGAUGAAUGUGUAUCUACUUCUGAUCAACUUGACACCGAGUCUGAAAAGGAACCAGUGAUGUUUGAGGAAUUUCUUUCAUUACGGCGAGAGGAAUACACUUUUUCAAUGCCCCCAAAAGUAAUGCAGAGCGUUGAUCUGGAAAUUAAUGUACAUGAUGUUAUGAGUGAUGGUGAUCAUUCAAAAGACACCGAUACAGAGAAAGAAACUGUCGAAAGUGAUAAUGAAGAAAAUAAUCAGGCUGCAACACAAUUUAAAGAAUCUGAUCCAACUGAAAUGUUCGUCUCUGCAGAUGACUUUCCUGUAGAGGAAAUGUCAGUUUUAGGUGAACAAUCGAGUAGUUCAAGUGGUUCUUCAUCUCCUGUUAUGCUUGAACUGAAGAUGCCUUCAAGCCACCCUGAUCCUGACAAUCCAGAAACAAACUUUGUCAAAGUCAGAGUGCAGGAAAGCCAAGAAUCUCUAACACCAGCAGAACCACUAGAUGAAUCUUCCCCCAAAAUGGAAGAUACAAUCUCCCUUACUCCCUCACAAUUACCUGACACUAUGUCCAAGCCUGAUGCUGCCCCCAAAUCUCAACUUUUCACUAAAACCCCUGAGACAAAUUGUCCUGGCGCUUUGGAAGACAAUUCUAAGCAGGACUUAAAACAGGAAUCCUCAAGUGCAGGUGAAAGUGUUUUUGAUAGCCAGCCUGAUGGUGAUGAUGCACCCUUGCAUGCUGAUGAUGAUCUUGUAGACUCUGUACUUCUUGACAAGUCAUCUCCUCAGAGCCCAGGAAGCCAGGAAUUUCUAACCCCACAAAAACCACUGGAUGGAUCUUCCCCCAAAAUGGAAAAUACGUCCAAGCCUGAUUACACCCCCCAAUCUCAACCUAUCACUGAAACCCCUGAGACAAGUUGUCCUACAGAUUUGGAACAUAAUCCUAAGCAGGACUUAACACAGGAAUCCUCAAGUAUAGGUGGAAAUUCUUUUGAUAGCCAGCCUGAUGGUGAUGACGCACCCUUGCAUGCUGAUGAUGAUCUUGUAGACUCUGUACUUCUUGACAAGUCAUCUCCUCAGAGCCAAGAGAGCCAGAAAUCUCUAACACCAGCGAAACCACUGGAUGAAUCUUCCCCCAAAAUGGAAGAUUCAAUAUCCCUUACUCCCUCACAAUUACCCGUCACUAUGUCCAAGCCGGAUUCUGCGCCCCAAUCUCAACUUAUCACUGAAACCCCUGAGACAAGUUGUCCUGGUGAAUUGGAAGACAAUCCUAAGCAGGACUUAAAACAGGAAUCCUCAAGUAUAGGUGGAAAUUCUUUUGAUAGCCAGCCUGAUGGUGAUGACUCACCCUUGCAUGCUGCUGAUGAUCUGGUAGACUCUGUACCUCUUGACAGGAGCCAGGAAUCUCUAACACCAGCGAAACUACUGGAUGAAUCUUCCCCCAAAAUGGAAGAUACAAUCUCCCUUACUCCCAAAAUGGAAGAUACAAUCUCCCUUACUCCCUCACAAAUACCCGUCACUAUGUCCAAGCCUGAUUUUGAUGGUGACGAUGCAAGUUGUCCUGGUGCUUUGGAAGACAAUCCUAAGCAGGACUUCACACAGGAAUCCUCAAGUAUAGGUGGAAAUUCUUUUGAUAGCCAGCCUGAUAGUGAUGACUCACCCUUGCAUGCUGCUGAUGAUCUUGUAGACUCUGUACUUCUUGACAGGAGCCAGGAAUCUCUAACACCAGUGAAACCACUGGAUGAAUCUUCCCCAAAAAUGGAAGAUACAAUCUCCCUUACUCCCUCACAAUUACCUGUCACUAUGUCCAAGCCUGAUUCUGCCCCCCAAUCGCAACUUAUCACUGAAAUCCCUGAGACAAGUUGUCCUGGGGCUUUGGAACACAUUCCUAAGCCAGACUUAAAAAAGGAACCCUCAAGUAUAGGUGGAAAUGUUUUUGAUAGCCAGUCUGAUGGUGACGAUGCACCCUUGCAUGCUGUCGAUGAUCUUGUAGACUCUGUACUUCCUGAAGAACAGGAGUUGCAUGGUUGUUUGUCAAAAGCUUUCCCAUCGUCACCGGGAGAGAAGGGAGAUGAAGAGAAACCGGUGGAGGAUGUAUCCAGACCCAGGGAGGAGAAGAAACCAGAAACCAAGCAGCUCAAACCGGAGGUUGAGGAGAAGACUGAAAACCUCACCCAGGAGAUCUUGGUUGAGAAGACACCAAAGGAAAUCAUGGCAGAGGAGCUAGAGGCAGCCGCAAGAGGUGAACAGCCAGAACUGAUGCCUCCCAAGUUCAUCAAACCCAUCGAAACGGUCGUCGCCGGUGAUGGCGAUGCAGUCAAGUUUACUGCCACGCUGACUGGCAAGCCACGCCCUGAUGUCACAUGGUACGUCGAUGACACCCAGAUCAAGGACGAACCCGAGUACGAGGUCGCUUUCACCGAUGACGGCACCGCUUCAUUGACCUUGCCGGAAGUCAUCCCUGAAGAUGAGGGGAUGUACCUCUGCAAAGCUGUCAAUGUGGUUGGACAAGCUACUUGCAGUGCAGAGCUAUUUGUUGAAGAAUCUAAGCCGACUGAAGACAAACCCAUCACUUUGGAAAGACACACUGAGACUCGUGGGAAAUCCACGGUGAGCAUGGAGAUAGAUGAUACUCGUGAGCCCCGGAAGAUUGAACUUGAGUUCAAGAAGCCGGAGGAUCAGGAGAUAUCUAUCACCAUGGUAGCGCCGCAGUUUACCCAAACGAUUGUCUCGGUGAUCAUCAAGGAUGGACAGCCAGCCACGUUCAGGGCGGUAGUCACCGGCAAGCCAACACCGGAUAUCCUGUGGUUCAGGAGCGGUGCAGAGAUUGUCCCGGAAGAGUGUCCGGAGUUCACCAUCACCUUUGAUACCGGUGGGGUGUGCACCCUGACCCUUGAGGAAGCCUUCCCUGAGGACUCUGGUCCAUUUGAGUGCAGGGCCAUCAACCCAGCUGGUCAGGCCACCUGCAUGGCCAAGCUGGUUGUCGUAGAGGAGAGUUCUACCGAGGUAGACACGGAGGUUGAGAUUGCUACAUCUCAAAAGGUCAUCACUGUGACGAAAGAGGUCGAGCAGACGACAGUCAUUAAAGAAGAGGAGAUUCAAGAAGAGAUGCCAAUUGCUGAAGUGAAAAUUGAAGGCCUUGAAUCUGUCAUGGUGAUUGAACCUACUGAACCUGAGACAUUCAUCGCCAUCGGUAACUACCUCGCUGAAUCUGACGAAGUGAUGUCCAUGCGUGAGGGUGAGCAGCUCACUAUCCUGGACGAUGGGCAUGGUGAGUGGUGGAUGGCCCGCCGUGAGAGGACUGGUGAGGAGGGAUGGGUGCCCAAGGGUUACCUAGCAACCGCUGACCAGUAUGACGAGCAUCUCCGCCAGCAGCUGGAAGAAGUGGUGAAGGAGAUGUCCAUUGAUGAGCUUAUGCCUCCUUCUGAUGCAGAAACACCAUUCAAGGGCAUGGCCAUCGCCCCAGAGAUCAUCGAGCCUCUACAGACAACCAAAGUCAAAGAUGGAAAACCAGUCACCCUCCGGUGCCGCAUCAAGGGCACACCGAUGCCCACCUUGGCUUGGUUCCGUCAGAGCACCCAGAUCCCAGCGACGGAGGAGUUCAAGAUAGCUACCGACGGCGACAUCGCCACGCUGACCAUCGAGGAAGUCUACCCCGAGGAUUCUGGGAAGUAUACCUGCGUUGCCAAGAACCAGGCCGGUACAUCAUCGACCAGUGCCGAGCUGCUUGUUGAAGUUGCUCUUUCUGAUGCAGAGAGUGAUGGAACACCAAGCCGCAAGAGUCUAUCAAGGGAGUCAACCAUUGAAGAAGGUGAAGGAAUCAAACCUGCCUUCAUGACGGUCGCCAAGAGCCAGGUGGUCAGCGCCGGCAGGGAGAAAGUCACUUUUGAGUUCCGCCUCAUUGCCGCACCCAGACCUCAGAUCCAAUGGUUCAAAGACGACCAACCGCUAGAGGAGACGCCACGUCGUCGCAUGAGCAUGUACGCCGAUGUCCAUCUGUACAUUCUGACCCUGGAACUGACCGACAUUGAGCCGGACGAUGAAGGGAAGUACCGUAUCGUAGCAACCAACAAGGAGGGCAAGGCAAUGGCAUCUGUAUCUCUGGAGGUUACACAAGUAGACAACACCUCUGUUCCCGUCACAGGUUUUGUAGUGUCGAUGUCGUCACCCAUGUCGACCCCCGCUGGCGACCGUGGGGGCUGGCACGUACACAAGAUUCGUACUUGGUCCGGCUCCCCCAUCACCAUCUCCAUCCCUUCCUUUAUGCAUGCCUGCAACCGCCCCUCUGACUUUUGCAUGCACAAUGAUGCCAUAUAUCCGACAAUGCACGAAGAUGAUGAUGAAAACUCAUCAGAAGUUGACCAUAUUGAUUCAGGGAAAGAACCCGAGCCGCCAAAGUUCAUUGAACCCAUCCAAACGGCAACGGUCACCCAGGGCGACAUGGCCCGGUUCGAGUGCGUAGUGACUGGGCGCCCCAUGCCCGAGAUCACUUGGUUCCACGGCGAGAAGAUGAUCAAGCCAUCCGAUCUGAUCGAGAUUGGUCAGGACAAAGAAGGGAGGAAUUGGGUGGUGGUCCGCAAGGCCACGCCCGAAAUCCUAGGUACCUUCACUUGCUGGGCUGAGAAUCAGGUCGGACGCACCAUGUGUGGUGCCGAGCUGACUCUAAUGUCUGAACCAGAAGAGAGCUCCAUUGUCUCUGUCGACAGUAGCGCCAUUGUCGAGGGUCCACAGAGCCGUGACCUAGUCAGCGUCGACUUCGAAGGUGUGGACGACCUCGAUGAAGAAGGUGUUCCUCCAUCUUUUGUCAUGCCUGUCCAGGAUGUGGAGGUUAAACCAGGAGAAACUGCUCAUUUGAGAGUCAAAGUCGCUGGCAAACCUACUCCAGAAGUCACCUGGUACCGUGAUGGCAAGGUUCUUCAGCCUAGCCCUCGCCACACCAUCAUGUCCGACACCGAAGGCAACGCGUCUCUUGUCAUCUCAGAGACCAUGCCCGGUGACGAUGCUGAUUACCUCUGCAAGGCUGUCAAUCCGUUUGGCAUCGUAUCUUGCCGUGCUGAUGUCAUUGUAGAUGAAGAACCAUCUGAAGUGAAGAAGGAAAAGCCAGCCAUCUUGGUCCAGGCAGAAGCCCAACCCCAGGGCCCUGUAGAGGUUACCCUAGAGGUCCGGGGCAAGGAUCUAGAGAUUGCUAGCAUCAGUGAGGCUCCCUCUAUCACCUCUGAGGAGGCCUUUGAAACAGAUGUGGAGGAGAAGGAGUUGGAUGAGGCUGAAGGUGCUGAGCCUGAAGGCUGGUUCCAAGAUGACGUCCAGAUUGAGAUCCAACUAGAGGACCUUGGGAAACACCCCGAGGAGGUGAUCAUGGAAGUCACUAAGAAGAUGGAGGAGAAAUCUGUGAGGCAAGAGGUUGUGAUGCAAGUCGAGGUCACACCUACCAGGGAGGAGGUCACCCUAGCUCCCACAGAGGUGCCUGAACAGAAAGCUCCAGUCUUCACACAGCCAUUGACGACAGCGGAACUCAAGAAAGGCGAGACGACCGAGAUCACCUGCAAGGUUGAGGGUCAACCCAGACCAGAGGUCCAGUGGUUUGUGGACGAUAAAGCCAUCGAGCCGGACACUCACUACCAGACCGAACACAGGCCGGACGGAGUGUGUGUGCUGACCAUCCACGAUGUGGAGAGUAUGGACGAGGGUCAGUACGUGGUCCGAGCAAUCAAUCCAGUUGGAGUCGCCUCUACGGAGUCUGAACUGUUUGUGGAAGUACCAGGCAAGAUGGCUCCAGUGAAGGUUGAAGCUAAGGCCACCCUGGAGGUUGAGAAACCUCUUGAGACAAUUUCCAAGCAGGAAGCAGCCGUUGUUGAGGAACAAGUCGUACCAAUGGACAAGAAACCAACAGAAGCUGCACCAGAGGUCAUGCCUCAGUUCCAAUUAGAGCCCACUCAAAGAGAAAUCGCUGAAGUGUAUGAAGCACCUAAGUUUGUUGAGGACAUGGUGGACUUGGAAAUCAUCAAGGGCCAUCCUGCCAGGUUCGAUGUCCAGGUCAGCGGCAUCCCCAUGCCUAUACUGCACUGGUAUCGCAAUGGCAAAGAGAUCAAGCCAGAUGACCAGCAUGUGAAGUUCGAGUUCGCAGAGGAUGAAGGAAUCGGUUCCUUGAUCAUCGAUGAAGUCAGGGCUAAUGACGAUGCAGAAUAUGCCUGCAAGGCUUCGAACAAAGCAGGAUCCGCUGUGUCUAAAGCAGAUCUGUUCCUCCAGGCAGCUCACAAAAAGCGACCGGAGAAGCACCCACCAAAAUUCAUCAUCGAUAUGAAAUCACUUACAGCAGUAGAGGGCGAUAGCAUCAACUUCUUCUGCAAAGUCGUGGGCAGACCUAUGCCAGAGAUUAAGUGGUACAAGAAUGGUGUGGAGCUUAAACUUGGACCUCGCAUUUCUAUCGAUUACGAUGAGCAGGGAAUGUGCACUCUCCUCAUCCGCAACACCACCAUGGAAGACGUUGCUACCUUCACGUGCAAGGCUGUAAACGAGAUCGGCGAGGCAACGACAACGGCAGAACUGAUCUUGGAAGUCCCUGCCCGAAUCACGGACGGUCCCAAGAAUGUGUCGGUCAAACGCGGUGACUCUGUCACCGUUGACAUCCACAUUGUUGGGUUCCCUCAGCCUGCCGUUACUUGGUACAAAAACUCUGUCGUCGUGGAAGCCACCGAAAGAAUCACCAAGGAAACGACACGAGAAACGUCCCAGCUGGUCAUCUCUAAGGCCACAAUGGAAGACGCUGGCAACUAUGUGGUGGUUGUCGAGAACGAGCUGGCUCGAGAUGAACUCCAAAUCAGCAUUACAGUCAUAGACAUACCAGCCAAACCCCAGAAGCUGGAACCCACCCAGGUGACACCAACCUCCACCACCAUCACAUGGCAGACCCCAGUGAUGGAGGAGGAAGGCCAAGAGGUGUCCUCCUACGUUGUUGAGAUGCUAGACAGCGCCACCAAGUCAUGGCAGAGGAUAGCCGAGACCCUCAAGGCACCGGUCUUCACCAUCGCUGACCUGACGCCUGGUGAGGAAUACGCCUUCAGAGUCAGUGCCUCCAACCAGUUUGGUGUCGGUGAGCCCACCGAGAAGGUGUCGGUUCAUCUUCCAAUGGAAAAGGAGCUUGAAGAUGCACCCAGGGAGGUGGCAGAGGACACGCUGACCCUACAAACCAAGGCCAUGAUUCCAGAAGAGACCACUCAAGCUGCUGAAGAGGUAGCAACAGUUGAAGCUGUGGAGGUUGGCAAGACAGAAGUUCCAACUGAGAAAGCCCUACCUGAAGAAUUUCCUGAAGUGACCGUCGAAAUUCCUGCAGCAGAUGCACCUGAGGUGCCUGAAUUACUUCCUGAGGAAGCAAAACCGGACAAGGCAGAGAAGCGCCCUCAGAAUAUCCCACCAGCUGCUGAGGUUCCAGUGGAAGCUCCCAUACCUGAAGAUAACCCUGAUGAUGAAGACAGGCCUGAAGAAGAACCUAUCUCGGUUACCAUCGAUGAAGGUCCUUCUGAAAGUGCACAAUUUGAUUCCGACGAUGAUGAUGAUGAUGAAGAGGAAGAAGAACUUACAGAGGAAGAUCUAGAAGAAGAGCCAAUAGUGGAACCAGAAUUGCCUCAUGACGAAGGCAAAGAGCCUGAGCCUGAGCCUGAGAAGAAAGAGAAAAAGAAAAAGAAAAAGAAGAAGAAGAAGGAUAAGGAACCUAAAUUGAAAGUACAGGUGCGAGAACUGGAGCAGCCUGAUGUGGAAUAUAAAAGACGUGUCUUCCUUGACACAGUGGAGGAAGAGGACGAAGAAGUAAAGUCUCCCAAGGGUAGGGCUAGAGCCAUCCUUAGGAAGAAGAAGCCUAUUAUAGAUGAAACUGCAGUCAUCGAUGUCGAGAAGGCGCCCCAGGCUCCAAAGGAUCAGGAAGCAACUAUUCUAGUGACCAAGAAGCCAACAGAAGUUGCUCUCUCGGCUCAAGAAGCUCCAGAAGACAUCACUGAUAUCGGUAUCUCUGCAAUCACACCCGACUCCAAAGAUGUUCUUGUUGAAAAGGCCGUUCCUGACGAGAAACCUGUUGUAACCAUUGCAGAAGCCAAACCACAAGUUACGGAGCCAAGGGAAACUGCGGAGAUUGUCCUUCCUAUAGAUGUACAAUCUGAAAAGGCCGAGGCAGUCCUCAGAGUUGGCAAACCACAGGAAGCAGAAGAGAUGCAGGAAAUGCACAUAGAGGUGGGAGUUGAGAAGGUGAAACCUGAGGAGGCUGUUACCCUGGAGAUGCCAUUGGAGAAGGCAGAAGUUAGAGAAGCAGCCCCUGUCAUUGUGGACAAAUUGAAAGACCAGACGGUAAAGACAGGAGCUCCUAUCCUACUUACAUGCAAAGUAGCUGGUGAACCUGUACCGGACGUUGAGUGGUAUAAGGAAGGCAAGUUACUGGAGCCCACACCGACACAGACACAGACUUAUGCAGCUGGGGUUGCCACUCUUGAAAUCCUACAAGCCAAGCCCGCUGACCAGGGCAAAUAUGAAUGCAUGGCGGUCAGUGACGUCGGAGAGGACACCUCAUCUGCCCAAGUGACCGUCAAGAUUGAGAAACCCAAGCCAACCAAGCCAUCCUUUUCGGAGACUACCAUCACGAUUGAAGUGACAGAGGGCGAGGAUGCGACCUUCAAGUUCACAAUCGAGGGAUUCCCUUGCCCGACCCUGACCUGGAAUAAAGGUUGGAAAGCCGUUAAACCCAGUGCCCAGUACAUCAUUGAAUCAGAUGAAACCUCCGGAGAGACAAUCUUCACCAUCACAUCCGCCAAGAUGACCGAUGCUGGCAAGUACGUCUGCAAACUGACCAACCCUCAUGGGGAGGCAAAGCUGACCGUUACCCUAGUGGUCAAGGAGAAACCUAAGGAAGAGCCGGAAGCGACACAGCCCAAACUUAAAAAACCACAACCUGAGGAGAAAAAGCCCGAAGUCGUCGAAUCCAAGGUGGAUAUCGAAAUCUACGAGCUACUCAAGGAUGAGGAGCCGAAGAACUACGAGAAGGUCCUUCGAAAGCACGGCAUCAUCGACUUCAAGAUCAUCCGCAAGCAUGUUGAGAUGGUGAAGACAAAGAAAGUUGAGGAAGAAGAGAGGCAUAGAGUCGAGGUCGAGUUGCAGGACAAAACUGAUAUUGAAAAGAUACAUCAAGUCUCCCUUGAAAUCCAAAUGCCUGAAAAGAAGAAACCUAUGACUACAGAAGAACAGGAGGAAGAAGAAAUCUUCGAGCUUCUCAAGAAUGUAGAACCUGUGGAAUAUGAAAAGGUUCUACGCAAAAAAGGCAUCAUCCAAUACAAGGUUAUUAGGCAACACAUUGAAACGGUUACAAAACGCAUAGCCGAAGAGGCAGUCUUGGCAGAGAUGGAACAAGUAACAGUACAGCCAACCGAGGUUGUAUCUGAAGAAACGGCAAUAACCAUUGAUGGUGUGAAACCGGAAGAAGUUUCACCAACAGAAAUCACUCUCCAAAUUGCUCCCACUAAACCGGAGGAACAAAUGCCUACUGAAGUCUCCCUUGAAAUCCAAAUGCCUAAAAAGAAGAAACCUAUGACUAAAGAAGAAGAGGAGCAAGAAGAAAUCUUCGAGCUUCUCAAGAAUGUAGAACCUGUAGAAUAUGAAAAGGUUCUACGCAAGAAAGGCAUCAUCCAAUACAAGGUUAUUAGGCAACACAUUGAAACGGUUACAAAACGCAUAGCCGAAGAGGCAGUCUUGGCAGAGAUGGAACAAGUAACAGUACAGCCAACCGAGGUUGUAUCUGAAGAAACGGCAAUAACCAUUGAUGGUGUGAAACCGGAAGAAGUUUCACCAACCGAAAUCACUCUCCAAAUUGCUCCCACUAAACCGGAGGAACAAAUGCCUACUGAAGUCUCCCUUGAAAUCCAAAUGCCUAAAAAGAAGAAACCUAUGACUAAAGAAGAGGAGGAGGAAGAAGAAAUCUUCGAGCUUCUCAAGAAUGUAGAACCUGUAGAAUAUGAAAAGGUUCUACGCAAGAAAGGCAUCAUCCAAUACAAGGUUAUUAGGCAACACAUUGAAACGGUUACAAAACGCAUAGCCGAAGAGGCAGUCUUGGCAGAGAUGGAACAAGUAACAGUACAGCCAACCGAGGUUGUAUCUGAAGAAACGGCAAUAACCAUUGAUGGUGUGAAACCGGAAGAAGUUUCACCAACCGAAAUCACUCUCCAAAUUGCUCCCACUAAACCGGAGGAACAAAUGCCUACUGAAGUCUCCCUUGAAAUCCAAAUGCCUAAAAAGAAGAAACCUAUGACUAAAGAAGAAGAGGAGCAAGAAGAAAUCUUCGAGCUUCUCAAGAAUGUAGAACCUGUAGAAUAUGAAAAGGUUCUACGUAAGAAAGGCAUCAUCCAAUACAAGGUUAUUAGGCAACACAUUGAAACGGUUACAAAACGCAUAGCCGAAGAGGCAGUCUUGGCAGAGAUGGAACAAGUAACAGUACAGCCAACCGAGGUUGUAUCUGAAGAAACGGCAAUAACCAUUGAUGGUGUGAAACCGGAAGAAGUUUCACCAACCGAAAUCACUCUCCAAAUUGCUCCCACUAAACCGGAGGAACAAAUGCCUACUGAAGUCUCCCUUGAAAUCCAAAUGCCUAAAAAGAAGAAACCUAUGACUAGAGAAGAAGAGGAGCAAGAAGAAAUCUUCGAGCUUCUCAAGAAUGUAGAACCUGUAGAAUAUGAAAAGGUUCUACGCAAGAAAGGCAUCAUCCAAUACAAGGUUAUUAGGCAACACAUUGAAACGGUUACAAAACGCAUAGCCGAAGAGGCAGUCUUGGCAGAGAUGGAACAAGUAACAGUACAGCCAACCGAGGUUGUAUCUGAAGAAACGGCAAUAACCAUUGAUGGUGUGAAACCGGAAGAAGUUUCACCAACCGAAAUCACUCUCCAAAUUGCUCCCACUAAACCGGAGGAACAAAUGCCUACUGAAGUCUCCCUUGAAAUCCAAAUGCCUAAAAAGAAGAAACCUAUGACUAAAGAAGAAGAGGAGCAAGAAGAAAUCUUCGAGCUUCUCAAGAAUGUAGAACCUGUAGAAUAUGAAAAGGUUCUACGUAAGAAAGGCAUCAUCCAAUACAAGGUUAUUAGGCAACACAUUGAAACGGUUACAAAACGCAUAGCCGAAGAGGCAGUCUUGGCAGAGAUGGAACAAGUAACAGUACAGCCAACCGAGGUUGUAUCUGAAGAAACGGCAAUAACCAUUGAUGGUGUGAAACCGGAAGAAGUUUCACCAACCGAAAUCACUCUCCAAAUUGCUCCCACUAAACCGGAGGAACAAAUGCCUACUGAAGUCUCCCUUGAAAUCCAAAUGCCUAAAAAGAAGAAACCUAUGACUAGAGAAGAAGAGGAGCAAGAAGAAAUCUUCGAGCUUCUCAAGAAUGUAGAACCUGUAGAAUAUGAAAAGGUUCUACGCAAGAAAGGCAUCAUCCAAUACAAGGUUAUUAGGCAACACAUUGAAACGGUUACAAAACGCAUAGCCGAAGAGGCAGUCUUGGCAGAGAUGGAACAAGUAACAGUACAGCCAACCGAGGUUGUAUCUGAAGAAACGGCAAUAACCAUUGAUGGUGUGAAACCGGAAGAAGUUUCACCAACCGAAAUCACUCUCCAAAUUGCUCCCACUAAACCGGAGGAACAAAUGCCUACUGAAGUCUCCCUUGAAAUCCAAAUGCCUAAAAAGAAGAAACCUAUGACUAAAGAAGAAGAGGAGCAAGAAGAAAUCUUCGAGCUUCUCAAGAAUGUAGAACCUGUAGAAUAUGAAAAGGUUCUACGCAAGAAAGGCAUCAUCCAAUACAAGGUUAUUAGGCAACACAUUGAAACGGUUACAAAACGCAUAGCCGAAGAGGCAGUCUUGGCAGAGAUGGAACAAGUAACAGUACAGCCAACCGAGGUUGUAUCUGAAGAAACGGCAAUAACCAUUGAUGGUGUGAAACCGGAAGAAGUUUCACCAACCGAAAUCACUCUCCAAAUUGCUCCCACUAAACCGGAGGAACAAAUGCCUACUGAAGUCUCCCUUGAAAUCCAAAUGCCUAAAAAGAAGAAACCUAUGACUAAAGAAGAGGAGGAGGAAGAAGAAAUCUUCGAGCUUCUCAAGAAUGUAGAACCUGUAGAAUAUGAAAAGGUUCUACGCAAGAAAGGCAUCAUCCAAUACAAGGUUAUUAGGCAACACAUUGAAACGGUUACAAAACGCAUAGCCGAAGAGGCAGUCUUGGCAGAGAUGGAGCAAGUAACAGUACAGCCAACCGAGGUUGUAUCUGAAGAAACGGCAAUAACCAUUGAUGGUGUGAAACCGGAAGAAGUUUCACCAACCGAAAUCACUCUCCAAAUUGCUCCCACUAAACCGGAGGAACAAAUGCCUACUGAAGUCUCCCUUGAAAUCCAAAUGCCUAAAAAGAAGAAACCUAUGACUAAAGAAGAGGAGGAGGAAGAAGAAAUCUUCGAGCUUCUCAAGAAUGUAGAACCUGUAGAAUAUGAAAAGGUUCUACGCAAGAAAGGCAUCAUCCAAUACAAGGUUAUUAGGCAACACAUUGAAACGGUUACGAAACGCAUAGCCGAAGAGGCAGUCUUGGCAGAGAUGGAACAAGUAACAGUACAGCCAACCGAGGUUGUAUCUGAAGAAACGGCAAUAACCAUUGAUGGUGUGAAACCAGAAGAAGUUUCACCAACCGAAAUCACUCUCCAAAUUGCUCCCACUAAACCGGAGGAACAAAUGCCUACUGAAGUCUCCCUUGAAAUCCAAAUGCCUAAAAAGAAGAAACCUAUGACUAAAGAAGAGGAGGAGGAAGAAGAAAUCUUCGAGCUUCUCAAGAAUGUAGAACCUGUAGAAUAUGAAAAGGUUCUACGCAAGAAAGGCAUCAUCCAAUACAAGGUUAUUAGGCAACACAUUGAAACAGUUACGAAACGCAUAGCCGAAGAGGCAGUCUUGGCAGAGAUGGAACAAGUAACAGUACAGCCAACCGAGGUUGUAUCUGAAGAAACGGCAAUAACCAUUGAUGGUGUGAAACCGGAAGAAGUUUCACCAACCGAAAUCACUCUCCAAAUUGCUCCCACUAAACCGGAGGAACAAAUGCCUACUGAAGUCUCCCUUGAAAUCCAAAUGCCUGAAAAGAAGAAACCUAUGACUAAAGAAGAAGAGGAGGAAGAAGAAAUCUUCGAGCUUCUCAAGAAUGUAGAACCUGUAGAAUAUGAAAAGGUUCUACGCAAGAAAGGCAUCAUCCAAUACAAGGUUAUUAGGCAACACAUUGAAACGGUUACAAAACGCAUAGCCGAAGAGGCAGUCUUGGCAGAGAUGGAACAAGUAACAGUACAGCCAACCGAGGUUGUAUCUGAAGAAACGGCAAUAACCAUUGAUGGUGUGAAACCGGAAGAAGUUUCACCAACCGAAAUCACUCUCCAAAUUGCUCCCACUAAACCGGAGGAACAAAUGCCUACUGAAGUCUCCCUUGAAAUCCAAAUGCCUAAAAAGAAGAAACCUAUGACUAAAGAAGAGGAGAAGGAAGAAGAAAUCUUCGAGCUUCUCAAGAAUGUAGAACCUGUAGAAUAUGAAAAGGUUCUACGCAAGAAAGGCAUCAUCCAAUACAAGGUUAUUAGGCAACACAUUGAAACGGUUACAAAACGCAUAGCCGAAGAGGCAGUCUUGGCAGAGAUGGAACAAGUAACAGUACAGCCAACCGAGGUUGUAUCUGAAGAAACGGCAAUAACCAUUGAUGGUGUGAAACCGGAAGAAGUUUCACCAACCGAAAUCACUCUCCAAAUUGCUCCCACUAAACCGGAGGAACAAAUGCCUACUGAAGUCUCCCUUGAAAUCCAAAUGCCUACAAAGAAGAAACCUAUGACUAAAGAAGAAGAGGAGCAAGAAGAAAUCUUCGAGCUUCUCAAGAAUGUAGAACCUGUAGAAUAUGAAAAGGUUCUACGCAAGAAAGGCAUCAUCCAAUACAAGGUUAUUAGGCAACACAUUGAAACGGUUACAAAACGCAUAGCCGAAGAGGCAGUCUUGGCAGAGAUGGAGCAAGUAACAGUACAGCCAACCGAGGUUGUAUCUGAAGAAACGGCAAUAACCAUUGAUAGUGUGAAACCGGAAGAAGUUUCACCAACCGAAAUCACUCUCCAAAUUGCUCCCACUAAACCGGAGGAACAAAUGCCUACUGAAGUCUCCCUUGAAAUCCAAAUGCCUGAAAAGAAGAAACCUAUGACUAAAGAAAUAGAGGAGCAAGAAGAAAUCUUCGAGCUUCUCAAGAAUGUAGAACCUGUAGAAUAUGAAAAGGUUCUACGCAAGAAAGGCAUCAUCCAAUACAAGGUUAUUAGGCAACACAUUGAAACGGUUACAAAACGCAUAGCCGAAGAGGCAGUCUUGGCAGAGAUGGAGCAAGUAACAGUACAGCCAACCGAGGUUGUAUCUGAAGAAACGGCAAUAACCAUUGAUAGUGUGAAACCGGAAGAAGUUUCACCAACCGAAAUCACUCUCCAAAUUGCUCCCACUAAACCGGAGGAACAAAUGCCUACUGAAGUCUCCCUUGAAAUCCAAAUGCCUAAAAAGAAGAAACCUAUGACUAAAGAAGAAGAGGAGCAAGAAGAAAUCUUCGAGCUUCUCAAGAAUGUAGAACCUGUAGAAUAUGAAAAGGUUCUACGCAAGAAAGGCAUCAUCCAAUACAAGGUUAUUAGGCAACACAUUGAAACGGUUACGAAACGCAUAGCCGAAGAGGCAGUCUUGGCAGAGAUGGAACAAGUAACAGUACAGCCAACCGAGGUCGUAUCUGAAGAAACGGCAAUAACCAUUGAUGGUGUGAAACCGGAAGAAGUUUCACCAACCGAAAUCACUCUCCAAAUUGCUCCCACUAAACCGGAGGAACAAAUGCCUACUGAAGUCUCCCUUGAAAUCCAAAUGCCUGAAAAGAAGAAACCUAUGACUAAAGAAGAAGAGGAGGAAGAAGAAAUCUUCGAGCUUCUCAAGAAUGUAGAACCUGUAGAAUAUGAAAAGGUUCUACGCAAGAAAGGCAUCAUCCAAUACAAGGUUAUUAGGCAACACAUUGAAACGGUUACAAAACGCAUAGCCGAAGAGGCAGUCUUGGCAGAGAUGGAGCAAGUAACAGUACAGCCAACCGAGGUUGUAUCUGAAGAAACGACAAUAACCAUUGAUGGUGUGAAACCGGAAGAAGUUUCACCAACAGAAAUCACUCUCCAAAUUGCUCCCACUAAACCGGAGGAACAAAUGCCUACUGAAGUCCCCCUUGAAAUCCAAAUGCCUAAAAAGAAGAAACCUAUGACUAAAGAAGAGGAGGAGGAAGAAGAAAUCUUCGAGCUUCUCAAGAAUGUAGAACCUGUAGAAUAUGAAAAGGUUCUACGCAAGAAAGGCAUCAUCCAAUACAAGGUUAUUAGGCAACACAUUGAAACAGUUACGAAACGCAUAGCCGAAGAGGCAGUCUUGGCAGAGAUGGAACAAGUAACAGUACAGCCAACCGAGGUUGUAUCUGAAGAAACGGCAAUAACCAUUGAUGGUGUGAAACCGGAAGAAGUUUCACCAACCGAAAUCACUCUCCAAAUUGCUCCCACUAAACCGGAGGAACAAAUGCCUACUGAAGUCUCCCUUGAAAUCCAAAUGCCUGAAAAGAAGAAACCUAUGACUAAAGAAGAAGAGGAGGAAGAAGAAAUCUUCGAGCUUCUCAAGAAUGUAGAACCUGUAGAAUAUGAAAAGGUUCUACGCAAGAAAGGCAUCAUCCAAUACAAGGUUAUUAGGCAACACAUUGAAACGGUUACAAAACGCAUAGCCGAAGAGGCAGUCUUGGCAGAGAUGGAACAAGUAACAGUACAGCCAACCGAGGUUGUAUCUGAAGAAACGGCAAUAACCAUUGAUGGUGUGAAACCGGAAGAAGUUUCACCAACCGAAAUCACUCUCCAAAUUGCUCCCACUAAACCGGAAGAACAAAUGCCUACUGAAGUCUCCCUUGAAAUCCAAAUGCCUAAAAAGAAGAAACCUAUGACUAAAGAUGAAGAGGAGCAAGAAGAAAUCUUCGAGCUUCUCAAGAAUGUAGAACCUGUAGAAUAUGAAAAGGUUCUACGCAAGAAAGGCAUCAUCCAAUACAAGGUUAUUAGGCAACACAUUGAAACGGUUACAAAACGCAUAGCCGAAGAGGCAGUCUUGGCAGAGAUGGAACAAGUAACAGUACAGCCAACCGAGGUUGUAUCUGAAGAAACGUCAAUAACCAUUGAUGGUGUGAAACCGGAAGAAGUUUCACCAACCGAAAUCACUCUCCAAAUUGCUCCCACUAAACCGGAGGAACAAAUGCCUACUGAAGUCUCCCUUGAAAUCCAAAUGCCUGAAAAGAAGAAACCUAUGACUAAAGAAGAAGAGGAGGAAGAAGAAAUCUUCGAGCUUCUCAAGAAUGUAGAACCUGUAGAAUAUGAAAAGGUUCUACGCAAGAAAGGCAUCAUCCAAUACAAGGUUAUUAGGCAACACAUUGAAACGGUUACAAAACGCAUAGCCGAAGAGGCAGUCUUGGCAGAGAUGGAACAAGUAACAGUACAGCCAACCGAGGUUGUAUCUGAAGAAACGGCAAUAACCAUUGAUGGUGUGAAACCGGAAGAAGUUUCACCAACAGAAAUCACUCUCCAAAUUGCUCCCACUAUACCGGAAGAACAAAUGCCUACUGAAGUCUUCCUUGAAAUCCAAAUGCCUAAAAAGAAGAAACCUAUGACUAAAGAAGAAGAGGAGCAAGAAGAAAUCUUCGAGCUUCUCAAGAAUGUAGAACCUGUAGAAUAUGAAAAGGUUCUACGCAAGAAAGGCAUCAUCCAAUACAAGGUUAUUAGGCAACACAUUGAAACGGUUACAAAACGCAUAGCCGAAGAGGCAGUCUUGGCAGAGAUGGAACAAGUAACAGUACAGCCAACCGAGGUUGUAUCUGAAGAAACGGCAAUAACCAUUGAUGGUGUAAAACCGGAAGAAGUUUCACCAACCGAAAUCACUCUCCAAAUUGCUCCCACUAAACCGGAGGAACAAAUGCCUACUGAAGUCUCCCUUGAAAUCCAAAUGCCUAAAAAGAAGAAACCUAUGACUACAGAAGAACAGGAGGAAGAAGAAAUCUUCGAGCUUCUCAAGAAUGUAGAACCUGUGGAAUAUGAAAAGGUUCUACGCAAGAAAGGCAUCAUCCAAUACACGGUUAUUAGGCAACACAUUGAAACGGUUACAAAACGCAUAGCCGAAGAGGCAGUCUUGGCAGAGAUGGAACAAGUAACAGUACAGCCAACCGAGGUUGUAUCUGAAGAAACGGCAAUAACCAUUGAUGGUGUGAAACCGGAAGAAGUUUCACCAACCGAAAUCACUCUCCAAAUUGCUCCCACUAAACCGGAGGAACAAAUGCCUACUGAAGUCUCCCUUGAAAUCCAAAUGCCUGAAAAGAAGAAACCUAUGACUAAAGAUGAAGAGGAGCAAGAAGAAAUCUUCGAGCUUCUCAAGAAUGUAGAACCUGUGGAAUAUGAAAAGGUUCUACGCAAGAAAGGCAUCAUCCAAUACAAACUUAUUAGGCAGCACAUUAACUUUGUUGAAAGACGUAAGCAAGAAGAAGCUGUAGAACCUGUAGAUUCUGUGGACACAGUCGUCAAACCCUCUGAUGAUAAACCUGAGAUUCAACAUGCUAUUUUUAAACUGAAGAAGGAAAAACUACCAGCAGAGAUGGAAGUCUCUCUUGAAAUAACAACUGAUCGGGAGCCGAUUUCAGACAUAGCUGAGACAACCGAAGUUGAAGUGACGUCUACAGAAUUGGAUGCAAUUAUUAUAAAACCCGCUGAAGGUGUACAGCAAGAGAUGGUUCUUACAAUUCAACCAAGCCAAAUUGAAGAGGCUGCUCCGACAGAAAUUGAAAUCCAGAUUGCCCCCAAGAAACCGGAGGAAGAAAAGAAACCAGAGAAGAAGAAGCCUCUGACCAAAGAAGAGAAAGAGUCUGAGGAAGUGUUUGAGCUUCUCAAAGAUGUACAACCUGAACAGUAUGAGAAGGUGUUGAGGAAAAAAGGCAUAAUCCAAACUAAAGUCAUCAGGAAACACAUCGAAAUGGUUACAACGCGUAAAGCUGAGGAAGCAACUCUUCAGGAGUUUGAAAUUACUCUCGAGAAACCAAUCGAAGCUGCGCCAGAGGAAAUGGUUAUAACGAUUGAACCAUCCAAACUUGAAGAGGCGGCUCCAACCGAAGUUAAAUUCCAGAUUGCUCCUAAGAAACGAGAAGAAAAGGAAGAAAAGGUCGAGAUCAAGAUCAUGAAAAAGAAACCAAAGCAAGAAGAAGAGACUGUUGAAGUUAAGGUACCCGAAAAGAAAAAGCCUCUGACCGAGGAAGAAAAGGAAGCAGAGGUAGUCUUCGAGCUUCUCAAGGAUGUCCAACCUGAACAGUAUGAGAAGGUGUUGAGGAAGAAAGGUAUUAUUCAAACUAAAGUUAUCAGGAAACACAUCGAAAUGGUUACAACGCGUAAAGCUGAGGAAGCAACUCUUGAGGAGUUCGAAGUGACUCUCGAGAAACCCACCGAAACUGCACCACAGGAGAUGGUUACAACUACUGAACCUUCCAAACUUGAAGAGGCGGCUCCCACCGAAAUUGAAAUCCAGAUUGCUCCUAAGAAACCGGAGGAACAAAAGAAACCAGAGAAGAAGAAGCCUCUCACCAAAGAAGAGAAAGAGUCUGAGGAAGUGUUUGAGCUUCUCAAACAUGUACAACCUGAACAGUAUGAGAAGGUGUUGAGGAAGAAAGGCAUAAUCCAAACUAAAGUCAUCAGGAAACACAUCGAGAUGGUUACAACGCGUAAAGCUGAGGAAGCAACUCUUCAGGAGUUUGAAAUUACUCUCGAGAAACCCACCGAAGCUGCGCCAGAGGAAAUGGUUAUAACGAUUGAACCAUCGAAAAUUGAAGAGGCUGCUCCAACUGAAGUUGAAAUUCAGAUUGCGCCUAAGAAACCGGAGGAACAAAAGAAACCAGAGAAGAAAAAGCCUCUGACCAAAGAAGAGAAAGAGUCUGAGGAAGUGUUUGAGCUUCUCAAAGAUGUACAACCUGAACAGUAUGAGAAGGUGUUGAGGAAGAAAGGCAUAAUCCAAACUAAAGUCAUCAGGAAACACAUCGAGAUGGUUACAACGCGUAAAGCUGAGGAAGCAACUCUUCAGGAGUUUGAAGUUACUCUCGAGAAACCCACCGAAGCUGCGCCAGAGGAAAUGGUUAUAACGAUUGAACCAUCCAAACUUGAAGAGGCGGCUCCUACCGAAGUUGAAAUCCAGAUUGCUCCUAAGAAAUCAGAAGAAAAAGUUGAAAAGGUCGAGGUCAAAAUCAUGAAAAAGAAACCAAAGCAAGAAGAAGAGACUGUUGAAGUUAAGGUACCCGAAAAGAAAAAGCCUCUGACCAAGGAAGAAAAGGAAGCAGAGGAAGUUUUCGAGCUUCUCAAGGAUGUCCAACCUGAACAGUAUGAGAAGGUGUUGAGGAAGAAAGGCAUAAUCCAAACUAAAGUCAUCAGGAAACACAUCGAGAUGGUUACAACGCGUAAAGCUGAGGAAGCAACUCUUCAGGAGUUUGAAAUUACUCUCGAGAAACCCACCGAAGCUGCGCCAGAGGAAAUGGUUAUAACGAUUGAACCAUCGAAAAUUGAAGAGGCUGCUCCAACUGAAGUUGAAAUUCAGAUUGCGCCUAAGAAACCGGAGGAACAAAAGAAACCAGAGAAGAAAAAGCCUCUGACCAAAGAAGAGAAAGAGUCUGAGGAAGUGUUUGAGCUUCUCAAAGAUGUACAACCUGAACAGUAUGAGAAGGUGUUGAGGAAGAAAGGCAUAAUCCAAACUAAAGUCAUCAGGAAACACAUCGAGAUGGUUACAACGCGUAAAGCUGAGGAAGCAACUCUUCAGGAGUUUGAAGUUACUCUCGAGAAACCCACCGAAGCUGCGCCAGAGGAAAUGGUUAUAACGAUUGAACCAUCCAAACUUGAAGAGGCGGCUCCUAUAGAAGUUGAAAUCCAGAUUGCUCCUAAGAAAUCAGAAGAAAAGGUUGAAAAGGUCGAGGUCAAAAUCAUGAAAAAGAAACCAAAGCAAGAAGAAGAGACUGUUGAAGUUAAGGUACCCGAAAAGAAAAAGCCUCUGACCAAGGAAGAAAAGGAAGCAGAGGAAGUUUUCGAGCUUCUCAAGGAUGUCCAACCUGAACAGUAUGAGAAGGUGUUGAGGAAGAAAGGCAUUAUUCAAACUAAAGUCAUCAGGAAACACAUCGAAAUGGUUACAACGCGUAAAGCUGAGGAAGCAACUCUUCAGGAGUUUGAAGUUACUCUCGAGAAACCCACCGAAGCUGCGCCAGAGGAGAUGGUUAUAACAAUUGAACCAUCCAAACUUGACGAGGCGGCUCCAACCGAAGUUGAAAUCCAGAUUGCUCCUGAGAAACCAGAAGAAAAGGAAGAAAAGGUCGAGGUCAAGAUCAUGAAAAAGAAACCAAAGCAAGAAGAAGAGACUGUUGAAUUUAAGGUACCCGAGAAACCAGAAGAAAAGGAAGAAAAGGUCGAGGUCAAGAUCAUGAAAAAGAAACCAAAGCAAGAAGAAGAGACUGUUGAAGUUAAGGUACCCGAAAAGAAAAAGCCUCUAACCAAGGAAGAAAAGGAAGCAGAGGAAGUCUUCGAGCUUCUCAAAGAUGUCCAACCUGAACAGUAUGAGAAGGUGUUGAGGAAGAAAGGCAUUAUUCAAACUAAAGUCAUCAGGAAACACAUUGAAAUGGUUACAACGCGUAAAGCUGAGGAAGCAACUCUUGAGGAGUUCGAAGUGACUCUCGAGAAACCCACCGAAGCUGCGCCAGAGGAAAUGGUUAUAACAAUUGAACCAUCCAAACUUGAAGAGGCGGCUCCAACCGAAGUUGAAAUCCAGAUAGCUCCUGAGAAACCAGAAGAAAAGGAAGAAAAGGUCGAGGUCAAGAUCAUGAAAAAGAAACCGAAGCAAGAAGAAGAGACUGUUGAAGUUAAGGUACCCGAAAAGAAAAAGCCUCUGACCAAGGAAGAAAAGGAAGCAGAGGAAGUCUUCGAGCUUCUCAAAGAUGUCCAACCUGAACAGUAUGAGAAGGUGUUGAGGAAGAAAGGCAUUAUUCAAACUAAAGUCAUCAGGAAACACAUCGAAAUGGUUACAACGCGUAAAGCUGAGGAAGCAACUCUUCAGGAUUUCGAAGUGACUCUCGAGAAACCCACCGAAGCUGCGCCAGAGGAGAUGGUUAUAACAAUUGAACCAUCCAAACUUGAAGAGGCGGCUCCAACCGAAGUUGAAAUCCAGAUUGCUCCUGAGAAACCAGAAGAAAAGGAAGAAAAGGUCGAGGUCAAGAUCAUGAAAAAGAAACCAAAGCAAGAAGAAGAGACUGUAGAAGUUAAGGUACCCGAAAAGAAAAAGCCUCUGACCAAGGAAGAAAAGGAAGCAGAGGAAGUCUUCGAGCUUCUCAAAGAUGUCCAACCUGAACAAUAUGAGAAGGUGUUGAGGAAGAAAGGCAUUAUUCAAACUAAGGUCAUCAGGAAACACAUCGAGAUGGUUACAACGCGUAAAGCUGAGGAAGCAACUCUUCAGGAGUUCGAAGUGACUCUCGAGAAACCCACCGAAGCUGCACCAGAGGAGAUGGUAAUAACAAUUGAACCAUCCAAGCUUGAGGAGGCGGCUCCAACCGAAGUUGAAAUCCAGAUUGCUCCUGAGAAACCAGAAGAAAAGGAAGAAAAGGUCGAGGUCAAGAUCAUGAAAAAGAAACCAAAGCAAGAAGAAGAGACUGCUGAAUUUAAGGUACCCGAGAAACCAGAAGAAAAGGAAGAAAAGGUCGAGGUCAAGAUCAUGAAAAAGAAACCAAAGCAAGAAGAAGAGACUGUUGAAGUUAAGGUACCCGAAAAGGAAAAGCCUCUGACCAAGGAAGAAAAGGAAGCAGAGGAAGUCUUCGAGCUUCUCAAAGAUGUCCAACCCGAACAGUAUGAGAAGGUGUUGAGGAAGAAAGGCAUUAUUCAAGCAAAAGUCAUCAGGAAACACAUCGAAUUGGUUACAACGCGUAAAGCUGAGGAAGCAACUCUUCAGGAGUUCGAAGUGACUCUCGACAAACCCAGCGAAGCUGCGCCAGAGGAAAUGGUUAUAACAAUUGAACCAUCCAAACUUGAAGAGGCGGCUCCAACCGAAGUUGAAAUCAAGAUUGCUCCUGAGAAACCAGAAGAAAAGGAAGAAAAGGUCGAGGUCAAGAUCAUGAAAAAGAAACCAAAGCAAGAAGAAGAGACUGCUGAAUUUAAGGUACCCGAGAAACCAGAAGAAAAGGAAGAAAAGGUCGAGGUCAAGAUCAUGAAAAAGAAACCAAAGCAAGAAGAAGAGACUGUUGAAGUUAAGGUACCAGAAAAGAAAAAGCCUCUGACCAAGGAAGAAAAGGAAGCAGAGGAAGUCUUCGAGCUUCUUAAAGAUGUCCAACCUGAACAGUAUGAGAAGGUGUUGAGGAAGAAAGGCAUUAUUCAAACUAAAGUCAUCAGGAAACACAUCGAAAUGGUUACAACGCGUAAAGCUGAGGAAGCAACUCUUCAGGAGUUCGAAGUGACUCUCGAGAAACCCACCGAAGCUGCGCCAGAGGAGAUGGUUAUAACAAUUGAACCAUCCAAGCUUGAGGAGGCGGCUCCAACCGAAGUUGAAAUCCAGAUUGCUCCUGAGAAACCAGAAGAAAAGGAAGAAAAGGUCGAGGUCAAGAUCAUGAAAAAGAAACCAAAGCAAGAAGAAGAGACUGCUGAAUUUAAGGUACCCGAGAAACCAGAAGAAAAGGAAGAAAAGGUCGAGGUCAAGAUCAUGAAAAAGAAACCAAAGCAAGAAGAAGAGACUGUUGAAGUAAAGGUACCCGAAAAGAAAAAGCCUUUGACCAAAGAAGAAAAGGAAGCAGAGGAAGUCUUCGAGCUUCUUAAAGAUGUCCAACCUGAACAGUAUGAGAAGGUGUUGAGGAAGAAAGGCAUUAUUCAAACUAAAGUCAUCAGGAAACACAUCGAAAUGGUUACAACGCGUAAAGCUGAGGAAGCAACUCUUCAGGAGUUCGAAGUGACUCUCGAGAAACCCACCGAAGCUGCGCCAGAGGAAAUGGUUAUAACAAUUGAACCAUCCAAGCUUGAGGAGGCGGCUCCAACCGAAGUUGAAAUCCAGAUUGCUCCUGAGAAACCAGAAGAAAAGGAAGAAAAGGUCGAGGUCAAGAUCAUGAAAAAGAAACCAAAGCAAGAAGAAGAGACUGUUGAAGUUAAGGUACCCGAAAAGAAAAAGCCUCUGUCCAAGGAAGAAAAGGAAGCAGAGGAAGUCUUCGAGCUUCUUAAAGAUGUCCAACCUGAACAGUAUGAGAAGGUGUUGAGGAAGAAAGGCAUUAUUCAAACUAAAGUCAUCAGGAAACACAUCGAAAUGGUUACAACGCGUAAAGCUGAGGAAGCAACUCUUCAGGAGUUCGAAGUGACUCUCGAGAAACCCACCGAAGCUGCGCCAGAGGAGAUGGUUAUAACAAUUGAACCAUCCAAACUUGAGGAGGCUGCUCCAACCGAAGUUGAAAUCCAGAUUGCUCCUGAGAAACCAGAAGAAAAGGAAGAAAAGGUCGAGGUCAAGAUCAUGAAAAAGAAACCAAAGCAAGAAGAAGAGACUGCUGAAUUUAAGGUACCCGAGAAACCAGAAGAAAAGGAAGAAAAGGUCGAGGUCAAGAUCAUGAAAAAGAAACCAAAGCAAGAAGAAGAGACUGUUGAAGUAAAGGUACCCGAAAAGAAAAAGCCUUUGACCAAAGAAGAAAAGGAAGCAGAGGAAGUCUUCGAGCUUCUUAAAGAUGUCCAACCUGAACAGUAUGAGAAGGUGUUGAGGAAGAAAGGCAUUAUUCAAACUAAAGUCAUCAGGAAACACAUCGAAAUGGUUACAACGCGUAAAGCUGAGGAAGCAACUCUUCAGGAGUUCGAAGUGACUCUCGAGAAACCCACCGAAGCUGCGCCAGAGGAGAUGGUUAUAACAAUUGAACCAUCCAAGCUUGAGGAGGCGGCUCCAACCGAAGUUGAAAUCCAGAUUGCUCCUGAGAAACCAGAAGAAAAGGAAGAAAAGGUCGAGGUCAAGAUCAUGAAAAAGAAACCAAAGCAAGAAGAAGAGACUGUUGAAGUUAAGGUACCCGAAAAGAAAAAGCCUCUGACCAAGGAAGAAAAGGAAGCAGAGGAAGUCUUCGAGCUUCUCAAAGAUGUCCAACCUGAACAGUAUGAGAAGGUGUUGAGGAAGAAAGGCAUUAUUCAAACUAAAGUCAUCAGGAAACACAUCGAAAUGGUUACAACGCGUAAAGCUGAGGAAGCAACUCUUCAGGAGUUCGAAGUGACUCUCGAGAAACCCACCGAAGCUGCGCCAGAGGAGAUGGUUAUAACAAUUGAACCAUCCAAACUUGACGAGGCGGCUCCAACCGAAGUUGAAAUCAAGAUUGCUCCUGAGAAACCAGAAGAAAAGGAAGAAAAGGUCGAGGUCAAGAUCAUGAAAAAGAAACCAAAGCAAGAAGAAGAGACUGCUGAAUUUAAGGUACCCGAGAAACCAGAAGAAAAGGAAGAAAAGGUCGAGGUCAAGAUCAUGAAAAAGAAACCAAAGCAAGAAGAAGAGACUGUUGAAGUUAAGGUACCCGAAAAGAAAAAGCCUCUGACCAAGGAAGAAAAGGAAGCAGAGGAAGUCUUCGAACUUCUCAAAGAUGUCCAACCUGAACAGUAUGAGAAGGUGUUGAGGAAGAAAGGCAUUAUUCAAACUAAAGUCAUCAGGAAACACAUCGAAAUGGUUACAACGCGUAAAGCUGAGGAAGCAACUCUUCAGGAGUUCGAAGUGACUCUCGACAAACCCACCGAAGCUGCGCCAGAGGAAAUGGUUAUAACAAUUGAACCAUCCAAACUUGAAGAGGCGGCUCCAACCGAAGUUGAAAUCAAGAUUGGUCCUGAUAAACCAGAAGAAAAGGAAGAAAAGGUCGAGGUCAAGAUCAUGAAAAAGAAACCAAAGCAAGAAGAAGAGACUGCUGAAUUUAAGGUACCCGAGAAACCAGAAGAAAAGGAAGAAAAGGUCGAGGUCAAGAUCAUGAAAAAGAAACCAAAGCAAGAAGAAGAGACUGUUGAAGCAAAGGUACCCGAAAAGAAAAAGCCUUUGACCAAAGAAGAGAAGGAAGCAGAGGAAGUCUUCGAGCUUCUCAAGGAUGUAGAACCCGAGCGAUAUGAGAAGGUCUUGAGGAAAAAGGGCAUAAUCCAAACUAAAGUCAUCAGGAAACACAUCGAAAUGGUUACAACGCGUAAAGCUGAGGAAGCAACUCUUGAGGAAUUUGAAGUUACUCUCGAGAAACCCACCGAAGCUGCUCCAGAGGAGACGGUCUUCACACUCGAACCAUCUAAAGUUGAUGAGACGGCUCCAACUGAAGUCGAUUUCCAGAUAGCUCAUGAGAAACCAGAAGAACAUGAGGAAAAGGUCGAGAUUAAGAUUAUGAAGAAGAAACCUGAAGAAACUGAAGAUGUCGUUGAGGUGAAGGUACCUAAAAAGAAAAAGCCUCUGACCAAGGAAGAAAAGGAAGCAGAAGAAAUAUUUGAACUUUUGAAGGAUGUGGAACCUAAGAAUUAUGAAAAGGUUUUGAGGAAGAAGGGUAUCAUCCAAAUGAAGAUUAUUCGGAAACAUAUUGAGGCAGUAGAGAAGCACAAAGCAGAGGAGACUGUCAAGCAACUGGCAACUCAGGAGGUGGAAGCUGAAGUCACUCUUAGAGUUUCUGAGGAGGUUCCUUCUGAAGUUGUCGAAGCAGCAGUCAUUAAGCCUGUAGAAGCUGCACCCGUAGAGGCUGCCCCAGUUAAGGCGGUUCCUGAAAAGAAACUCAAACCAGAAGAAUGGAAGUUCACCGAGGAACUCAAACCAGCCAAAGGUUUCAAGGGAGACACAUGUGAACUCGUCUGUGAGGUAAAUGAUGAGAAUGCAAUCGUUGAGUGGGUCAAACACGGCAAGGUUCUUAAACCAAGCGACAAGUACGAGCUGAAAGAAGAUGGCACCAAGAGAAUCCUGGUUAUCAAAGACGCUGUCCCUGUAGAUGGUGCCCGAUAUACCUGCCAGCUUCCAAAGACUAAGACUGGUGCUUCCCUCGAUGUCCAAAUCCCGGUCAAGAUUGUGGGUGACCUGAAACCACUGACCAUCACCGAGAGGGAGACUGCCGUGCUCACAUGUGAGGUGAGCAAUACCAAGGCUGCUGUUACGUGGCUCAAGGAUGGCGAACCCAUCGAUAUAACCCUUGACAAGUACGAGGUCUUGGACGAAGGUCGCCGCAAGAAGUUGAGGAUCAAGAACAUCAGUCCAGAGGACGCUGCGGAAUACACCUGUCAGCUGCCUAGGUCCUCGUCCACCAUGACUCUGACAGUUAAUGAAAAGCCAUUGGAAGUCCUUUCGCCCCUUACAAAAUUGUUCGCGUACCUCACGGGCAAUGCCACAUUCGAAUGUGAGGUCAGUGAGCCUUGGGCCAAGGUCACCUGGCUUAAAGGUGACAAAGAAGUCGUGCCAUCGGACAAAUACAAGAUGGAGUCGGAUGGGAGAUUCAGACGGAUGAUCAUUCAGGGUAUCGCUGAAGAUGACGUGUCGGACUACACGUGUGUGUUGAGGGACAAGAAGACCAGCGCUGACCUCCUCUUAAGAGAAACCAUCAAAAUCACCAAGCCUCCUGAAGACGAGGACUCUCGUGAAAGGCAGAGUGUCAAGUUCGUCUGUGAACUCACCGGUGAUGCAGCCAAGGCGGACGUCAAGUGGAAGAAGGGUGGACAGGUGGUGAGAAAGGACAAACGCCACAAGAUCAUCAACGAGGGGUUGGUAUCAACCCUUGUGAUCGAGGAUCUGUCGCCCUCCGAUGCUGGAAAAUAUUCCGUCCUGGUGGACAACAUGGAAAUGCCCUUCACCCUUAGCGUCCAAGCCUUGAAACCACCUGUCUUUACCACAAAACCGAAAGCUGUAGACACACAAGAAGGUAUGUCUGCCAUAUUCCGCUACGUCAUCGCCGGCUACCCUGUACCCGAGAUCAAGUUCACCAAGGACUGGAAGGAAAUCACGCCGGAGAACUCCGACGUCACCUUCCAAUUUGACGAGGCCACCCAAGAACACAAGGUCAUCUUCCAUGAGGUCACACCCAAGGAUGCCGGCAAGUACCUAGUGAUCGCCAAGAACGAGUCUGGUGAAGUCAAGCAGGCAGUUUCCAUGAUGGUGACCCCACGACCUCCCGAGGAGCUCAUGAAGAGAAAGAUGUCACUCAAAGCGCGUGCAUCACAGCAGGAGAUCUUCGAAGACGAAGAGAUAGACAUCGAAGAAAUCCUCAGGGAUGUAAAGCCCAAAGACUACGAGACCGUACUCAAGCAACAUGGCAUAUUUGACUUCAGAGCAAUCCUCAAGCAACUCCAAGCUAUGAAGAAAAGGGCUGUACAACCAGAGGAUCUGGAAACUCUCAUGGAGGAACCUGAGAUUCCUGAACAGCUCGAGUCCCUGGAGCUUGCAGCCUUUGAGAUGGCUGAAUCUCCUAAGGUCAUGGGUCGAGGCAAGCCAGAAGAGACAGACUUGACUCCUUUGGCUGAUGCCAAGGUGCCAGAGAAAAUAGCUGCCACAUUUGAGUGUGACGUGUCUCGUGACGUCAAAGAUGAAGACAUCGUUUGGAUGAAGGAUGGUCAGAAGAUCACCCCCGAUGAGAAGUUCCAAGUGAAACGUGAUGGUCGCCGUCUCUCUCUGUCCAUCCAGGACACCUCUCCUGAAGACAGUGGCCAGUACACCAUCAAGAUCGGCGACAAGACACAAACAGCUGAUCUCAAAGUCCAAGCUGCCGAAUUUGUCAAACCACUCAAUAACACAUCCGCCGCCGAGUACGACGAAACAAUUGUCCUCGAAUGUGAGCUUUCCAACGAGCUUGUUCCUUGCCAGUGGUAUAAGGAUGACGUCCUUAUCACCGUUGGGCCAAAGGUGGAGGUCAUUGAUGAUGGAAAGAAGAGGAAGUUGGUCCUCCAUGAUGUCCGACCAGAAGAUACAGGGAACUUCCGCUGUGUGGUGGGUGACAAAGAGUCCUCAGCUACACUCGACGUCAAAGCUUCUGAGAUAAUGAAGCCUCUGGCGGAAGUCACAGCUCCUGAAUUUGCCGAGACUGCCGUGCUAGAGUGCGAGGUCUCCCACCCGAAGGCCGAGGCCACCUGGCUCAAGGAUGGUCAGCCCAUAACACCUGAGGAGCUGACCAGCAAGAAGUACGAGGUGGUCAGCGAUGGACGCAAGAGACGUCUCAUCAUCCAUGAUGUUGUCAAGGAUGAUAAUGCCGAGUUCACAUGUAAGGUUGGAGACAACCAGACUGUAGCCAAUGUCAACGUCAAAGUACCAUCCAUUACCAAGCCUUUGGAGGACACCACAACAGCUUUCGAGACCACUGUGGUCCUGGAGUGUGAGGUGGACAAUGAGAAGGCUCCUGUCAAGUGGAUGAAGAACGGCAAAGAGAUCACCAAGAUGCCCAAGUACCUCAUGGAAUCCAAAGGAAAGAAGCGCCGAUUGACUAUCUUCGAAACAAUACCAGAAGAUGAGGGAGAUUACACCUGCGUGGUGGGAGACGAGUCAACUGUGGCUGUGCUUGCUGUCGAGCCUGCCCCCAUCGAGUUCCUAUCUGAAAUCCAAUCCGUCCAAGCCGUCGAGGAUGAGCCCGCUGUCUUCACUUGUGAGAUCUCCGAUGACAAUGCAGAGGUCAUCUGGCUGAAAAACGAAGAGGAGAUCAAACCAGAUGACGAAAAAUAUGAGUUUGUCGUCAGUGGAAAGAAACGCGGCCUCAAGAUCAAAUCAACCGAUGUAUCCGAUACUGCAGAAUUCACCUGCAAGACAAAGGACAAGACGUCAUCUGCUUCCCUUACUGUUACAGAACACAUACCUACCAUUUCACACACCCUCAAAGACGUGAAGAUCGAAGAAGGUUCCAACGAAGUAGUCUUUGAAUGCGAGACUGACGUGGAGACCGCCGACGUUGCUUGGUUGCACAAAGGCAAAGAUAUUGUCGAAGACAACUCCAAGUUUGUCAUUAAGCGCAAAGGGCGGCGACAUUCCUUGAUUGUGAAGGAUGUCUCGGUCGAGGACGCAGGGGAGUUUACUUGUCGAAUCGGAGUACACGAGACCAUAGCUGAGCUUAUUGUGGAAGAGAAACCAGUUGAGUUCCUGGCACCUCUUCCGAAGGAGCAAUCAGCCAUCCCUGGCGACGAGAUCACCUUCGAAGUUGAACUCACCAAGGACACAGAAGAUGUCUUCUGGCUCAAAGACGGCCAGAAGAUCAAGCCCGGUGACAACGUCAAGAUCGUCAAGGAUGGCAAGAAGCAUAAACUCAUCAUCAAGAAGGUUGACUUCGAUGAUGAUGCAGUCUACAGCUUCAACGCUGGAGAUCAAAAGUGCGAUUGCAACCUCAAUGUUUCAGCUCCACCGAAGAUUAAUGUGGAUCCUAAACUGACCAACAUUAGCGUCAAGGCCGGCACGAAAAUCGCUAUUGAAGCAACUGUCACUGGUUCACCUGCUGCAGUCACAACAUGGUCCAAGGGCGACACUCCAAUUGAAUCCACGAAGAGAUUCAAGAUCGAGGCAGGUAAAGGACCCAAGGCUUCCAUCAGGCUGACCAUUGACAAGACAGAGAGGUCAGAUCUUGGAACAUACACACUAACCGCUGCCAACGACUUGGGAACAGAUACUGCCAUCAUUUUCAUCAUUGUCCUCGAUAAACCACAACCACCAACGAGCCUGUCCAUUACUGAGACCACUCCUGAAUCUGUCACGCUGGUGUGGACUGCACCAGAGGACGACGGCGGUAGCCCAGUCAUUGAAUACGUCAUUGAGAAACGGGACAUGAAAAGGAAUACCUGGACCAAGGUUGACACCACCUCAGAACUCACCUGCAGGGUUCCUAAGCUUGUGGAAGGCAACGAGUACCUGUUCCGUGUUAGUGCCACGAACGAGUUGGGCACCAGCGAACCAUUUACUACCUCAGAACCUGUUACUGCUAAAUACCAGUUUGAUGUACCUCACGCUCCAAGCAAACCAGAAACAUCAGAUGUCAUCCAGACAGAGAUGACCCUAACCUGGACACCGCCCGACUUCAACGGAGGCAGCGAGGUUACUGGCUACAUCAUCGAGAGGAAGGAAGCUGACAAGACAAGAUGGGUGAAGAUCACAAAGGAAACCGUCACUGAGCUGACUUUCCGUGUCAAAGACUUGAUCGAGGGAACCAGCUACGAGUUCAGGGUAUAUGCCAUCAACAAGGCUGGUACAAGCAAACCAAGUGAGCCGUCGACGCCUACCAAAGCCAAGGCUCCCUAUGACGUGCCAGGACCUCCCGCUCAACCGACCUGUGAGAACGUCAACAAGACUACCAUCACAGUAUCCUGGACCCCACCCGAAGACGACGGUGGCUCUCCUGUCACUGGGUAUGUCAUCGAACGAUGUGAUGUUUCUCGGGGUCGCUGGGUGAAAUGCAACCGAGAUAAGGUCACUGAGCUGACCUUCACCGUCUCUGAUCUCACGGAUGGUGGACAGUACCAGUUCAGGAUCUCUGCAGAGAAUGCCGCUGGGGUUGGACAACCAAGCCCCACCUCUGCAACCUUCACUGCUAAGCUUCCAUUUGAUGCCCCUGGAGCCCCAGGUAAACCACAGGUUACCGAGUACAACAUCACCAAGAUGACCAUCACUUGGACUCCUCCUGAAUCGGACGGUGGUAGUCCAGUUACAGGGUUCGUGGUAGAACGCAAGGAGAAGACUUCAUCUCGAUGGGUCCGUGUUACAAAGGAGACAGUUACUGAGACAACACUCACAGUGACUGGUCUGACCGAGGGUUCUGAGUAUCAGUUCAGGGUCAUUGCUGAGAACCUAGCAGGUCCUGGACCAGCUAGUGAACCCUCCGAUUUGCAGAAGGCCAAGUUGCCGUUCGAUGUUCCCACUGCACCUGGAAAACCAGACAUCACCUCUGCGGACAAGACUGAGAUGGAGCUUACCUGGACUAUACCAGAAUCCGAUGGUGGUAGCCCGAUCACUGGCUACACCAUCGAGAAGAAGGAGAAGACUGGAAAGUGGACAAAGGCCAUCAAAACUGUUGUCACAGAGACAACAACUACUGUUACAAAAUUGAUCGAGAAGAAGGAAUACCAGUUCAGGGUAGCAGCCAUCAACUUAGCAGGAACCGGUCCUUUCAGUGAACCAUCGGACAACAAAAUGGCAAAGGCACCUUAUGAUGUGCCAGGUCCACCUUCCAAGCCUACCACUGAAAACAUCAACAAGACCACAAUCACCAUUACCUGGACACCGCCAGAAAAUGACGGUGGUUCUCCAGUUACUGGUUACAUAGUUGAAAAGUGCGAGGGGGCCAGAGGUCGCUGGGUCAAGUGCAAUAAAGAUCUGGUGACUGAAUUGACACUGACCAUCUCUGACCUGCAUGAGGGUAACGACUACCAGUUCAGAGUGUCAGCUGAGAACGCAGCAGGUGUUGGUCAACCAGGUCCGCCAUCAGAUACUGUUAAGGCUAAGCUGCCAUUUGACGCCCCUGGAGCACCAGGCAAACCACAGGUUACUGAGUACAACAUCACCAAGAUGACCAUCACAUGGUCUCCUCCUGAAUCAGACGGUGGUAGUCCAGUUACAGGGUUCGUGGUAGAACGCAAGGAGUCGACUUCAUCUCGAUGGGUCCGUGUCACAAAGGAGACAGUUACCGAGACAACACUCAUAGUAACUGGUCUAACUGAGGGUUCUGAGUACCAGUUCAGAGUCAUUGCUGAGAACCUAGCAGGUCCUGGACCAGCGAGUGAGCCCUCCGACCUGCAGAAGGCCAAGCUACCUUUCGAUGCUCCUUCAGCUCCCGGAAAACCAGAAGUGACUUCCGCAGACAAAACCCAAAUGGAACUCACAUGGGCUGUACCUGACUCUGACGGUGGAAGUCCAAUUACAGGAUACAUUAUCCAGAAGAAGGAGAACACUGGUAAAUGGACACAAUCCCUCAAGACAACCACUACUGACACUACAGCCACGAUCAAGAGUCUGAUCGAGAAGAAGGAAUAUGAGUUCCGUGUCGCAGCUGUGAACCUUGCUGGCACCGGUCCCUUCAGCGAGCCAUCAGAUUACCAGAUUGCAAAAGCACCAUAUGACGUUCCUGGUCCACCCGGUAAGCCAACUAUUUUGGAAGUGGACAGCACAUCAAUGACAAUAACCUGGACACCACCUGAAACUGAUGGCGGCUCCCCAGUCACAGGCUAUGUGGUGGAGAAGAGAGACCGUGUGUCAUCCAGAUGGACAAAGGUCAAGGAGACAUCAAUCGAGGAGGUUGUCUACACGAUCAUCGACCUCAAGGAAGGUAACGAUUACCAGUUCAGGGUUUCGGCUGAGAACAAGGCUGGUGUUGGCAAACCUAGUGAGCCAUCAGACCAGCGCAGAGCCAAACCUCCAUAUGAUGUGCCAGGACCACCAGGAAUUCCAGACAUCAGUGACGUUGACAAGAAUCGCAUGACCCUGACAUGGACACCACCUACUGAUGAUGGUGGCGCUAAAAUUCUGGGCUAUAUAGUCGAGAAGUGUGAUGCUGAUCGGAAACGUUGGACCAAGGCCCACAAAGAGGACCUGGUCACUGAACUUACCCUCACUGUCUAUGACCUAACAGAGGGUACAAACUACAUGUUUAGGGUCAGCGCAGAAAACGCUGCAGGUGUUGGAGAGUCCAGUCCAGCCACCCAACCGAAGAAGGCAAAACCACCUUAUGAUGAGCCGGGCCCACCUCCUCCUCCAACACCAACCCACGUGGACCGUACCUCUAUCCACCUCACCUGGUCACCUCCAGAUGAUGAUGGCGGAUCAGAGGUCACGGGCUACAUCCUCGAGAAGAGAGACAAGGCUCGGAACAAGUGGACCAAGGUCAAUAAGGAACCUGUCCCUGAGAUUAGCUUCACAGUCACUGGACUGACAGAGGAUGCCAUCUAUGACUUCCGCGUCAGUGCCGUGAACAAAGCCGGUGAAGGCCCACCAAGUCUGCCUUCUGAUACGCUCAAGGCCAAACUUCCAUUUGAUGUUCCAGGGGCACCUAGCACACCUGUUCCAUCUGACAUCACCGAGACAUCUGUCCAUCUUGAAUGGUCACCUCCUUCCAACAACGGCGGUGCAGAAAUCACUGAGUAUAUCGUUGAGCAAAAGGACCGAUUCUCCUCCCGCUGGACUAAGGCUGGCGAGACACCAGGAGAUACUGUUACAAUCACCCUCAAAGACCUAAAGGAAGGCAAUGAAUACCAGUUCAGAGUGAUUGCUGUGAACCCAGCUGGGCCCGGUAGUCCCAGCGAUGCCUGCAAACCAUUUGUUGCCAAGCCUCCAUAUGAUGUACCUGAUGCACCAGGUAAACCAGCACCCUCUGACUUGUCUCCGACCUCUGUGACCUUGACCUGGACACCUCCACCAUCUGAUGGUGGAAGCCCCAUCACAGGCUACACAGUAGAGAUGAAGGAUAAAUUCAGCACCCGUUGGACAAAGGCCACCAGGGAACUGAUCUCAGAGACCACCGUUGUUCUGCCUGAUCUGAAGGAGAAAGAGGAGUACCAGUUCAGAGUGAUUGCAGAGAACAAGGCUGGACAAAGCAAACCUAGUCCAGAGCUUCACGUGACUGCCAAGUAUCCAUUUGAAACACCUCAAGCACCAACUAUUGACAAUGUCACAAGAGAGUCUCCCACCUCUGCUACCAUGAAGUGGUCCCCACCAAAAUCUGAUGGAGGAUCUGAGAUCACCGGCUACGUCUUGGAGAAGAAGGAGAAGAUGUCUCCACGAUGGUCUCCUGUAAUCGAAUCUGAAACUGAGACCUCAUUCACGGUGAAAGGACUACCUGAUGGCGAGAAUGUGGAGUUCAGAGUCAGCGCUGUCAACAAAGCUGGCACUGGAAAACCAAGUCAAGUUGCAACAUUAUCUGCCAAGCCACCAGGAGCUCCUGACGCACCGGAAGUCAGUGACAUCGACAGAACAUCAGCAACGGUGACAUGGACAGUUCCCUCAUCGGAUGGCGGUAGUACAAUCACAGGUUACACCAUAGAGCGAAGAGAAAAGGGAAGGGAUCGCUGGACGAGGGUGAACAAAAGCCUGGUGAAGGACACUACCUUGAAGGUCAACGAUCUCACGGAGAAGAACCAGUAUGAGUUCAGAGUAAUUGCUGAAAACAAAGUAGGUCCUGGAGAACCCAGCAACCCAUCUGCAAGAUUUACGGCCAAGGCUCCAUUUGAUGAACCGGAGGCUCCCUACUCUCUUGCUGCAUCUGACAUCACGCCAACGUCCGCUACAUUGUCAUGGCUACCACCAGACUCCGAUGGAGGCAGUCCCAUCCUGGGCUACACUCUGGAGACCAAGGACAGAUUCAGCUCUCGCUGGACUAAAGUCAACAAGGGUCUACUCCAGGAGACCUCCUUCAAAGUCACUAACCUCGAGGAGAACAAUGAGUAUGUUUACCGCGUCAUCGCCGAGAACAAGGCUGGCCCAAGCAAGCCAAGUAAUGAAUGCAAGUUCAUUGCAAAACACCAGUUCGAAACACCUGAAGCACCUGGAAACGUGGUUGCCAAGGAUACGACCCCGACCUCUACUGUCAUCACCUGGAGAGAGCCCUCAUUCGAUGGUGGAAGCCCUAUCACGGGUUACACCGUCGAAAUGAAGGAGCCUUACAGCACAAGAUGGACUCCUGCAAACAAAGAACCAAUCGAAGAGACGACAUUCCUGGUGAAGAGGUUGAAGGAGAAUGAGAACUACCAGUUCCGUGUUGUGGCCCAUAACCUAGCUGGGCCAGGCAAACCGAGUCAAUCGGUUAAUGUGACUGCGAAAUAUCCAUUUGAGGCUCCCAAACCACCAACUCCCCCAGAAGUGAAACGUCUAUCUCCAACGUCAGUCCAGUUGAACUGGAGUGCACCUACAUCCGACGGUGGCUCAGAGGUCACUGCCUACAUUGUUGAAAAGAAAGACAAGUCUGGACGAUGGACACCCGUGACAUCGGACUCCAUCGAAGACACAUCAUUCACUGUCAAGGGAUUGAAAGAAGGAGAAGACGUGGAGUUCAGGGUCAGUGCUGUCAACAAGGCAGGCACUGGUAAACCAAGUGAGGUGACUGUCAUUGCAGCCAAGCCACCAAGUGCCCCUAGCAAACCUGAGGUCACGGAUAUCCAGAAGACAUCUGCAGUAGUCACUUGGACAGCACCUAAGAAUGAUGGCGGCAGUCAGGUGACAGGCUACACCGUGGAGAAGAGAGAGAAGGGACGUGACCAAUGGGUACGAGUCAACAGGAAACCUGUUACUGAGACCACCAUGAAGGUACCUGAUCUCGUGGAAAAGAACAACUAUGAGUUCAGGGUGAUCGCAGAAAACAGGGCUGGACCCGGAGAAGCAAGUGAUGCCUCUGCAAGCUUUACUGCUAAAGCACCAUUUGAUGAGCCAAGUGCACCUGGUGUACCAAAGGCCUCCAAUAUCACGCCGACCUCUGUGACCCUCUCAUGGACAGCUCCUGAUUCUGAUGGUGGUAGCCCAAUCACUGAAUACAUCCUCGAAUCCAAAGACAAGUACAGCUCCAAGUUCAGCCCAGUCACCAGAGACACCGUUACUGAUCUCACAUUCACUGUGAAGAACCUGAAGGAGAAUGGCGAGUACCAGUUCAGGGUUAUCGCUCAGAACAAAGCUGGACCUAGUGAACCAAGUAGAGAGACAAAGGUCGUUGCCAAAUAUGAAUUUGAGGUACCUCAAGCACCAAGUGCUCCAGAAGUCAGGCGUCUUUCACCAACAUCUAUCCAACUCGACUGGACUCCACCCUUUGCAGAUGGUGGUUCUGAUAUCACCGGUUACAUCAUUGAAAAGAAAGAGAAGUCUGGUCGCUGGACACCUGUGUCAUCGGACUCCGUCGAUGGUACCACCUUCACAGUUAAAGGUCUUCCAGAUGAUGAGGAUGUCGAGUUCAGAAUCAGCGCUGUCAACAAGGCUGGUCAAAGCAAACCAAGUCAAGUGACCGUCUUGACUGCCAAACCUCCAGGGGCUCCAGGAAGACCCGAAGUCAGCGAUAUCAACAAGACCUCUGCAACAGUGACAUGGAAGCCAUCCUCUUCAGAUGGAGGCAGCACCAUAACUGGCUACAUUGUGGAGAAGAGAGAGAAGGGACGAGACCGUUGGGUGCCUGUCAACAGGAAACCCAUCAAUGCCGUCACCAUGAAGGUCACUGAUCUUACAGAGAAGACUGACUAUGAGUUCAGAGUGAUUGCAGAAAACAGGAUAGGACAGGGACAGCCUAGUGAACCAUCAGCAAAGUUCAUUGCAAAGUCUCCAUUUGAUGUGCCUACUGCACCUGGAGCGCCCAAGGCCUCAGACAUCACUCCAACAAGCCUAACUCUCACCUGGACCCCACCCACUGAUGAUGGCGGAAGCCCUAUCACCAACUUCAUCAUUGAAUGGAAGGAUAAAUUCAGUACUCGCUUCACCAUUUUCAAGAAAGAUUUAUUCGUUGAGCUCACAUUCAAGGUGACUGGUUUGAAGGACAAGACUGAGUAUACCUUCAGGAUCAUUGCAGAAAACAAAGAGGGCCAGAGUGAACCUAGCAAAGAGACAGUGGUCGUUGCUAAGUAUGGAUUUGACAUCCCUCAAGAACCUAGUGCACCCGAGGUCAAGCGACUCUCUCCAACAUCAGUUGAGCUCUCUUGGACACCUCCAAGAUCUGACGGUGGUGCGGACAUCACAGGCUACAUCUUGGAGAAGAAGGACAAGUCUGGUCGCUGGACUCCUGUCACAGACUCCGUCGACGGAACAUCUUUCACUGUCAAGGGUCUGAAAGAAGGAGAGAAUGUUGAGUUCCGCGUCAGUGCCGUCAAUAAAGCAGGACAAAGCAAACCAAGUGAAGUGUCGCUGGUAGCGGUUAAGCCCCCAGGUCCACCUGGUAUGCCAGAGGUCAGUGAUGUUGACAAGAACUGCGUAACACUCAACUGGACACCACCUACCUCAGAUGGAGGAAGCACUAUCAUUGGAUACACUGUGGAGAAAAGGGAAAAGGGCAGAAGCUGGAUCAGGGUCAACAGAACUCUGGUAAACGAGACUACAAUGACAGUAUCUGACCUUGUUGAGAAGAAUGACUAUGAGUUCAGGGUCAUUGCUGAGAACAAGGUUGGACCAGGAGAACCCAGUAAUCCUUCCAUCAAAUUUGUAGCCAAGGCUCCAUUUGAUGUUCCUGCUGCUCCUGAUGCUCCCGAGCCAUCUAACGUCACACCGACCACUGCCACCCUGACGUGGACUCCGCCCAAGCGAGAUGGUGGUAGCCCCAUCACCGGAUACAUCCUGGAGAUGAAGGACAGGUUUGCCACUCGAUGGACACAGGUCAACACAGACUCCAUGACUGAGGUCACGUGUACACUGAAAACCCUCAAGGAAGGGACAGAGUAUCAGUUCAGGGUCAUCGCUGUCAACAAGGCUGGGCAGAGCAAACCCAGCGCGGAAACAGUAGUCAUUGCGAAGCAUCCAUUCGAUGUUCCAGAUGCUCCAACAAUUGAUGACGUGUCCCGAAUCUCAGAAACAUCAGCUAAGAUCAAGUGGACACCGCCAAGUAAUGAUGGUGGUGCUGAAAUCUCCGGCUACAUCAUCGAGAAGAAGGAUCGUCUCGCCGUGAAAUGGUCCCCUGUUAUUGAAGACACCCUCGACAACACCUCCUUCACCGUAAAGAACUUGAGAGAAGGGGAGGAUGUUGAAUUCAGAGUCAGUGCCGUCAACAAGGCAGGUACUGGCAAGCCAAGUUCUAUAGCUACAUUGGCAGCCAAGCCACCUGGCCCACCCGGUGUCCCAGAGGCAAGCAAUAUCGACAAGAUAUCAGCAACGCUCACCUGGACUCCUCCUGAAUCAGACGGAGGCAGUAAGGUGACUGGAUAUAUUGUGGAGAAGAGGGAGAGGGGACUAGACCGCUGGAUGAAAGUCAACAGAGCUCCUGUGAAGGAUGUUACUCUGAAGGUCUUAGAUCUGACAGAGAAGAAACACUAUGAAUUCAGGGUCACUGCUGAGAAUAAGGCUGGUCUUGGAGAGCCAAGUGAUUCCGUCUCCUUUAUUGCAAAGCCACCGUAUGAUGUCCCAGGAGCACCAAGUACACCUGUUGCAUCUGAUAUCAGCCCGACAUCUGCAACACUCAGCUGGUCGCCACCUUACUCAGACGGUGGUAGUCCAAUCACCUCUUACACCAUAGAGAUGAAGGACCGAUUCAGCUCUCGCUGGACCAAGGCCAAGGAUAUGGUGACUGAGGAAACCUUCCAGUUAAACAGCCUGAAGGAAAACAAUGAGUACCAGUUCAGGGUGAUUGCAGAGAACAAGGCUGGACCGGGUGAACCUAGUCCUACCGUCAAUGUCACAGCCAAGUACGAGUUUGACACACCACAAGCCCCUGCUGAACCAGAUGUGAGGCGCACUUCACCAACAUCUGUUGAGUUAUCAUGGGUAAAGCCCAAGUCUGAUGGUGGUUCCAAGAUCAAGGGUUACAUCAUCGAGAAGAAGGUCAAAGGUGAACCAUGGACACAGGUGACCACAGAUACUGUUGAUGGCACCUCCUUCACCGUCCGAGGGCUACCUGAGGAUGAGGACGUGGAGUUCCGCAUCAGUGCAGUCAACAAGGCAGGAGCUGGAUCACCAAGCAAUACUGUUGUCAUUGCCUUCAAACCUCCUGGACCUCCUGGUACACCUGAGGUCAGUGAUGUUGAUAAGACAUCAGUAACCUUGACAUGGACACCACCCAAGCUUGAUGGUGGAAGCAAGGUCAUAGGCUACAUCGUUGAGAAGAGAGAAAAGGGUCGCGACCGAUGGGUGCGCAUCAAUAGAAGCCCUGUCAGGGAGGUCACCAUGUCGAUCACAGAUCUGGUGGAGAAGAACGAGUAUGAGUUCCGGGUCAUUGCUGAGAACAAGGUUGGACCUGGAGAGCCCAGCAGCCCUUCAGAAAGAAUUGUUGCUAAAGCACCAUACGAGGUUCCUUCUCCACCAAAAUCCCUGAAGGCAACGGACCUGACACCCAUUUCUGUCACACUCAACUGGUCUGCUCCCUUAUCGAAUGGAGGUAGCCCGAUUGUUGGCUAUACCAUUGAGAUGAAGGAUAAGUUCAGUACACGCUGGACCAAUGUCUCAGAGCAUAUGGUGACCACACUGUCUCUUAAUGUGCCAAACCUGAAGGAGAAGAAUGAUUACCAGUUCCGUGUCAUUGCACACAACAAGGCUGGGCCAGGUCAACCAAGCGAGCCAAUCAGUGUUACUGCCAAGUUCCCAUUCAAUGCACCAGAAGCACCUUCGCCUCCAUCCAUAGAGCGCAUUUCACCAACAUCAGUCAAACUCGCAUGGAGCCCACCCAAUUCCGAUGGUGGUGACAAAGUCACUGGUUACAUCAUUGAGAAGAAGGAUCGCUUCUCCGGCAGAUGGACACCAGUAACCAAAGACAUCAUCGAUGACACAAAUUUCACCAUCAAAGGACUUAAGGAAGGCGAGGAGGCUGAGUUUAGAGUUGUCGCAGUCAACAAGGCUGGCUCUGGAAAACCAAGCCAGACCACUGUACUUGCAGCAUUACCACCUGGACCACCAGAAUCACCAUCCAUCAGUGAUGUCAAGCAGACUUCAGUAACGCUAUCUUGGACUCCACCAGAAUCAGAUGGAGGUAGUAAGAUCAUUGGAUACAUUGUGGAGAAGAAGGACAUGGGCCGCUGGGUAAAAGUUAACCGAUCCCCUGUCAGGGAAACGACUAUGGUGGUGACGGACUUGGUGGAGAAGAGUGAAUACGAGUUCAGAGUCAUGGCUGAAAACAAAGUUGGAGUUGGUGAACCAAGUGCGCCUUCAUCUAGAGUUGUGGCUAAGCUGCCUUUCGAUGUACCCGACAAGCCUGAUCAGCCUGAUGUCACAGACAUUGAUAAGAAUGAAAUGACUGUGAAAUGGUCUUCGCCAUAUAGCGACGGAGGUUCCAAAAUCACAGGAUACAUCGUCGAGAUGAAAGAGCCAUACUCAUCUAGAUGGUCACAAGUGACAAAAACCACAGACUUUACAUUCAAGGUGACUCGUCUGACAGAGGGUAAAGAUUACCAGUUCAGGAUAAUUGCUGAGAACAAGGCUGGCCAGAGUCAGCCAAGUGAACCAUCAAGAACAUUCACUGCCAAGUUACCUUUCGGUGUUCCUGGCGCCCCGGACACACCUGAAUUGACCGACAUCAAGGACUUCUCACUAACAGUGAAGUGGUUAGCUCCUACAUCCGAUGGUGGCUCACCCAUCCUGGGGUACUUUGUAGAGCAGAAAGACCAAUUCAGCACCCGUUGGCAGCGUGUCAAAUCAUCCCCGAUCCUGGACCUCAAGUUCACUGUCACCAACGUACAGGAUGAUGCCGAGUGCGAGUUCCAUGUCAUUGCCAUCAACAAGGCAGGCGAAGGGAAGCCGUCACCAUCUGUCUCCCUGACCUUCAGGCUACCUGGUCCUCCAGGAACGCCAGAGGUAUACAACCCCUCUGACAAGUCUGUUGACCUGAGAUGGACUCCUCCAACAGAACAAGGAGGAACCAGAAUAAUUGGUUACUUCAUUGAGAAGUGUGAAGUCGGCAAGGACAACUGGGUGAGGAUCAACCGCUCGUCCAUCAGGGAAGCUAACUACGUUGUUGGCGACUUGACGCUGAACUGCAGGUUUAAAUUCCGUGUCUGUGCAGAGAACAGAGCCGGUGUGGGACCCCCAAGCGAUUAUUCUGAGUCUGUCCUCAUCAAACUGCCCUACGAUGUCCCUGAAUCCCCUGACACUCCCAAAAUCUCCGAUGUCACCAAUGAUUCAAUGGUGAUCAGCUGGCAACCACCCUACUCUGACGGAGGAAGCAAAGUCACUGAAUAUAUCAUUGAGAAGAAAGAACCUUACAGCUCCAAGUGGGUCCCAGUUACCAAGACAAGAGACCUGAGCUACAAGAUCACUGGUCUGAAGGAGAAUGGGGACUACGAGUUCAGAGUUGCCGCCGUGAAUAAGGCAGGGGCCAGUGAAUUUUCAGUACCUACGCCGUCAACCAAGGCUAAACUACCCUACGAUGUACCAUCACAGCCACACUCAUUGAAGAUCGCUGAUGUCAGUCCUACAUCACUUACAUUGGAAUGGAGUGAGCCUGAUAGUGAUGGUGGUGAUAACGUAUCGGGAUACAUUAUUGAAAAGAAAGACAGGUUCAGUCCUCGAUGGACCCCUGUCAACCAGACCGCUAUCUCUGACACAAAGUUCAAGGUUACAGGCCUCAAGGAUGGGCAAGACUGCGAGUUCCGUGUGGUCGCCAAGAACAAGGCCGGAGCCAGUCAGCCUAGCAGUGUGGCCACAUUCUCCAUCAAGCCUCCCGAUGCACCGUCGCGACCUGACAUCAAGAAGGUCACCGAGAACUCCGUCACCUUGUCCUGGUCACCACCAGAAUCCGAUGGAGGAAGCCCUGUGACCAGCUACAUCGUUGAGCGUCGUGAGCCUGAUAGGGAUUACUGGGUCAAGGCCACAAGAUAUCCCAUCACUGACACUACCUUCACAGUCCAGGAUCUUACUCCUAAACACAAGUAUGAGUUCAGAGUGAUUGCUGAAAAUAAAGCCGGGCUUGGAGGAGCUAGUGAGGCUAGCAAAUCCGUCAUCGCUAAGCCGCCAUAUGAUGUACCCGAUGUUCCUGUGGACUUGGAUGUUACCAACAUCACGAAGAACAGCGCUGAACUCUUCUGGAAUCCACCCAUGGAUGACGGAGGAAGCCCCAUCACAAACUACGUCGUUGAGAUGAAGGACAAGUUCGGUGUCAGGUGGACAUCACUUGGCAAGCCCACCAAGACGAGCUUCAAGGUCACCAACUUGAAAACUGGAUCUGAAUAUGAGUUCCAGGUCCGAGCCGAAAACAAGGCUGGAGAAGGAGAGCCGAUUCAGUCAACCAAGCCUAUUGUGGCAAAGGAUGCUUAUGAUGUACCUGAUGCACCAGAAAAACCAGAACCAAGCAGCCUCACAGAGACCUCUGUCACCCUCACUUGGUCGCCGCCCGCUUCUGAUGGUGGUAGCCAAAUCACAGGCUACAUUGUUGAGAAGAAAGAAGACUUCAUGACACGCUGGGUUAAUGCUACACGAGAUGCCAUCCACAAGACCACAUUGACCCUGAAUGACCUCAGAGAGGGGUCAGAAUACACCUUCCGGGUCAUUGCCGAGAAUAAGGCUGGCCAGAGUAAACCUAGUGAACCAUGCAGACCAUUCAAGGCUAAGAAGCCAUAUGGUGUACCUGAUACUCCAGGGUCACCCGAAGCAUCGAACAUCACCGAGACUUCUGCAACGCUGAACUGGAAAGCACCUACUUCAGAUGGUGGCAGUCCAAUCACGAACUAUGAGAUUGAGAAGCGUGAAGGUGCGUCUGGACGCUGGACCACGUGCAACAGGUUUGACGUGAGCGAGACAUCAUUCACUGUCCGGGACUUGAGAGCAGGUCAUGAGUACUCUUUCCGUGUGGCAGCCGUUAACAAAGCUGGAUCCGGUAAACCAAGUGUGCCUUCAGAAACCUUCAAGGCACAACCACCCUAUGCUGCCCCUGAAGCACCAUCAGCCCCUGUCAUCGAGGAAGUCACUGCCAACUCCGUUAAGUUGUCAUGGGAACCACCAAGACUGGAUGGAGGUAGUCACAUCAUCGACUAUGUGGUGGAAAAGAAAGAUGCCUUCAGCAUCCGUUGGACAGAGGUCAACCGGACACCAGAGACCACGUUCACGGUGCCCAAGCUGAAAGAGGGUGACGCUGUACAGUUCAGGGUGACCGCCGUGAACAAGGCUGGACCAGGCAAACCGAGCCAGUCUUCAGUCACUGUCACAUUGAAACCUGAAUUCACUGUUCCUGAGGCGCCCUCUCAACCAACCGCUGUAGAGGUGGAUGCUGUAUCCAUCACAGUGAGGUGGUCAGCACCUAAGAACGAUGGAGGUAGCCGCAUCACCAACUACAUCCUAGAGAUGAAGGAACAGUUUUCGUCAUUCUGGAAGCGUGUGUCUACCAAAGAGAGUUCUGAACUGACAUACCAGGUGACAGGACUGAAGGAGAACCAGACCCUUGAGUUCCGCGUGAUAGCAGUGAACAAGGCAGGAGAGGGCAAACCUAGCUCAGUGGGUGGACCUUUCACAACCAAGGCUACCUACACUGUCCCAUCUGCGCCAGGUGCACCUGAUGUCAGCAACGUGAAGGCCACCUCCAUGGCUGUGACCUGGACAAAGUCCAUCUCGGACGGAGGCAGCCCGAUCACCGGCUACGUUCUGGAGAAGUGCGACGUCAGCACAGGACGCUGGGUACCUGUCAAUCGGGUUCCACUCAGGGAGACCAGUCUCGUUGUGGACCAAUUGAGGGAGAAGUCAGAGUACUGCUUCCGGGUUGUGGCGCACAAUGUUGCAGGGGAGAGCAAACCAAGCGAACCUUCCAAGGCAUAUAUUGCCAAGCCACCAUAUGGUCUUCCUGAUGCCCCAGCCAAGCCAGACAUCACCAACAUCGACGCCAAGCAGAUCACCCUUGCCUGGUCCCCUCCUUGGUCUGAUGGCGGUUCUCCAAUCAUCGGCUACCAGAUCGAGAAGAAGGACAGGUAUUCGGUCCGUUGGACACGUGCAACCCGCGAGACAAUCCACGAUAUGCAGUAUACGCUGCGUGAGUUAACGGAAGGUGGAGAGGUCGAGUUCAGAGUUGCGGCAGAGAACAAAGCUGGAGUUGGACCAUUCAGUGACACUACAGGCACUGUGAUCGCAAAGAGUCCAUUCGAUGUUCCAUCAGCACCAGGCACACCAAAGAUCUCUGACAUCACCGGAACAUCUCUGGUCCUAACCUGGACCCCACCAUCCUCGGACGGCGGUACGGAGAUCACCAACUUCAUUAUAGAACUGCGUGAUAGGUAUGGACGCUGGACCCGAGUGAACCGAACUCAGGUUCUCAAAACCGGGUUUAACGUGAUGAAUCUAUCUGAAGGUGACAGCUAUGAGUUCCGAGUGACAGCGGAGAACAAGAUGGGUGUCGGAAAACCUAGUGACUCGACCCAGAAGGUCACCGCUAAGCCACCAUACAGCCAACCUGCAGCUCCGAACGAACCCCAGAUCUCCAACGUAACGGCCGACUCCGCCACCUUGACUUGGUCUCCCCCCAGGGACGAUGGCGGAAGCUCCAUCACCGGGUACUUCAUCGAGAAGAAGGACAAGUUCAGUCCACGAUGGACUAGGGUCAACCACGAUGCAGUGACAGAUACCAAGUUCACUGUUCCAGCCCUAGUCCCUGGUGAGGAGUACCAGUUCAGGGUGGUGGCGCAGAACAAGGCCGGUGCUAGCAAACCGAGCGAACCCACGGAAUCAACCCUCGUUAGAUCACCGUUCAACGAACCUGGAGCACCGGGUGCCCCUGAAACAAGCAACGUCACCGAAACGACCUUGACCCUGACCUGGACCCCGCCCUUCUCUGAUGGUGGAAGCCGUAUCACCGGCUACUAUGUGGAGAAGAAGGAUCGUAUGUCUCUCAGGUGGAGUCCUGUCAACUUUGAGUCAACCGAGGAUACCAAACUCAAGGUAACGGGAUUAACUGAAGGAACGGAGUAUGAGUUCAGAGUCGUGGCAGAAAAUGAUGCUGGCCGCAGUAAACCCAGCGCACCCAGCUACCCAGUGAAGGCAAAGUCACCAUUCGAUCUCCCAAGUGCACCUGGCACUCCAUCCAUCUCGGACAUCUCCUCCACCAACAUGACCCUCCGUUGGGCCCCGCCCGAAUCAGACGGAGGAACGGUAAUCAUCACCUUCAUCGUGGAGCGCAGAGAGCAGUUCUCAACACGAUGGGUCCAGAUUAGUCGCUUUGACUUCACAGAGACCACAUUCUCUGUGACUGGCCUCAAGGAUGGCAAUGACUACGAGUUUAGGGUUGCUGCUAAGAACAAGAUCGGUAUUGGUAAAUUCAGCGAGCCAACAAGACCAACAAAAGCCAAGGAGCCAUAUGAUGUUCCAGAGUCACCCAGCACCCCAGAUGUCAGCAACAUCACAGGAGAGUCCAUGACCCUGAACUGGACAGCCCCACGCACCGACGGAGGCAGUCCAAUCACAGGCUACGUCAUUGAGAAGAGAGAGCCUGGACGGAGUGGAUGGACGGUGGUCAAUCGGUCACCCAUCACCAGUCUCUCCUGCGUGGUGCCCAACCUCAGGCAGGGAGCGGAGUACGAGUUUAGGGUGAUUGCAGAGAACAAAGCUGGUCUGGGACGCCCAAGCCAGGUUACACAUCCUUUCACUGCCAAGCCCCUUACAGUAACUACACCAGGCAUUCCAGAUCAACCUGAGGUAGAGGACGUCACAGCGACCACCAUCACCAUCUCCUGGAGCCCACCAUCCUAUGACGGUGGCAGCAAGAUCACUGGCUACACCAUCGAGUCCAAGAGCGAUGCCACCAUGCGUUGGGUGAAGAUCGAGAGCACUGUACCGGACACCACGUACACUGCUGCAAGGCUGAAGGAGUUAUCAGAGUACCAGUUCAGAGUUGCAGCUAUCAACAAGGCAGGACGUGGCGACUUCAGCAAACCAUCCCGCCCUGUUACAUGCAAACCACCCUAUGACCCACCUCCUCCACCUGAUGCCCCAGACGUGUACAACAUCACUCCGACCAGUGCCGCUCUGACGUGGUCAACCCCACGCCAGGAUGGAGGAUCCCCCAUCACAGGUUAUGUGAUAGACAAGAAGGACAAGUAUUCUACUCGUUGGGUCAAGGCUGAUGAAGUACCUGCUGGUACUACAGAUUUCACCAUCAAGGGUCUCCAGGCGGGCAAUGACUACGAGUUCAGAGUGAGCGCAGUCAAUGCAGCAGGAGUCGGCAAGCCUAGCGCACCCUGUGAAAGAUUCACUGCAAAGGCCCAAUACGGUGUUCCUGAUGCACCAAGCCCACCUUCCGUCUCGGAUAUCACACCAUCAUCCAUGACUCUGUCAUGGGAACCACCUGCAUCGGACGGUGGUAGCACCGUCACAGGGUACAUCGUGGAGAAGAGGGAAUGCCCUGUGGGUCGCUGGGUCCCUGUCAACCGUGCUCCAGUCAAGGAGACGACCUUCAAGGUCAAUGACCUAUCAGAGGAUAGGAAAUAUGAGUUCAGGGUCAGCGCAGAGAAUGCAGCAGGUGUUGGCAAACCAAGCGAGGUGUCUCUACCACGAGUUGCCAAGUCACCAUAUGAUGCUCCAAGUGCACCAGGCCGCCCAACAGCAACCAACGUAGACUCCACAGAGCUGGUCCUCGAAUGGACCGCACCUGUCGCUGACGGUGGCAGUGCAAUCACCAACUACGUCAUCGAGGCCAGGGACAAGUUUGGUCUCCGUUGGUCAAAGAUCAACCGCCAGACAGUCACUGACACAACUUUCAAGGUGACUGGACUAAAACCCAAUGAUGAGUAUCAGUUCAGAGUCAUUGCUGAGAACAAGGUCGGUCUAGGAAGACCAAGCGACAAUACCGAGCCCAUCGUAGCGAAACCUCCUUAUGACACUCCUGACGCACCAGAAAGUGUCCAAGUAACAGGAACCACAGCCUCCUCCGCCAGUCUUGAAUGGAGUCCUCCGUUCUCUGACGGCGGUUCACCAGUCACUGGCUACUUUGUAGAACGCAAGGAUCAGUACAGUGCCAGGUGGACACGUGUCAACAGAGUUCCCGUCACAGAGACGAACAUGGUUGUUGGAGACCUCAAAGAAGGCCUACAGUACCAGUUCAGAGUCUGCGCCGAGAACCGGGCAGGUAUUGGUCGGUCCAGUGACUCAACUAAACCAACAGUAAUCAAGGAUCCAGUUGAUGCGCCAUCAGCACCCCUUGAGCCAACUAUCGCCAGCAUAACCGCAGACUCUGCUACCCUAACAUGGACAGCACCUACCCGAGACGGCGGUUCCGCUGUCACAGGGUACAUUGUAGAGCGCAAGGAUCCCUACACUGCACGCUGGACACCCAUAGAGAGGUGUACAGACACCAAUUGCAAGAUCUCAGGACUUAAAGAGGGUAAUGAAUACCAGUUCCGAGUGUUGGCUACCAACAAGGCGGGCCAGAGUGCACCAAGUAACCCAUCACAACCCAAGGUUGCUAAAUCACCCUAUGAUGUUCCUGAAGCCCCAAGCAAACCACAGGUAGCAGAAGUAAAGGCAACAUCAGUAACACUCAAGUGGCGUCCGCCAGGCAGUGAUGGUGGCUCUCCUGUAACCGGAUAUGUCGUGCAGAAGAAGGAACGACUGGCACUUCGCUGGACACCAGUCAAUACCACACCAGUGGGCGAUACUAUCUUCACAGUCACCGGACUCACUCAGAAAUCGGAGUAUGAGUUCAGGGUGGUAGCCGCAAACAAGAAGGGCUUCGGCCAACCAAGUGAACCAACCAACUCUGUACUUGUGAAACCUCCCUAUGAUAUUCCAGGAAGACCAUCACCACCAGUUGUCACCGACUUCACCAAGACCAGCGUGACCCUUCAGUGGAACCCACCUGAAUCAGAUGGAGGCAGCCACAUCACGGGCUACGUCCUAGAAAAGAAGGAGGCCUACUCUGUCCGAUGGUUCCCUUGCACGUCGCAGUCCAUCCUCAAACCCGAAUUCACGGUCAAAGACUUGAAAGAAGGAGCGCAGUACGAGUUUAGAGUCAUGGCUCUGAACAAAGCCGGUCUCGGACCACCUAGCGAUGGCUCAGAGUUAGCUACUGCCAAGUCCAAGUUUGGUGUACCUUCUCCACCUGGUGAGCCUACCAUCUCCAACAUCACCGCAAAGUCUGUGACCUUAAACUGGACCGCUCCGUCUUCAGAUGGAGGAAGCCCAGUCACAGGAUACACCGUGGAACGCGCAGAUCGCUUCAGCACCCGAUGGGUACCGGUCAACUCACAUCCUAUCAAGGAUACAAAGAUGGAUAUUCAUGAUCUCCCAGCCACAGGAUCAUAUCAAUUCAGGAUCGUUGCUUGCAAUGCUGCAGGAACGAGCAAACCUACCAACCCAACUGAUUCUAUUGGCAUGGCUGUUGCACCGAAGUUGGAUACCUACAAGUACCACGACACCAUGGUAGUCAGAGUAGGAGCUACGUUCAACCUUGAUGUACCGUUCAAAGCUACACCCAAGCCCACUGUCAAGUGGACCAAAGAUGGCUCCACGCUUCAAGCAUCAUCUCGCAUCAAGAUCGACACAACAGACAGGGAUACCAUUGUCACUAUCAAGAACUGUGUGAGAGAAGAUGAAGGAUCGUUUAAACUCGACGUUUCAAAUACAGCUGGAAGUGAUGCCAUCACAAUCCGUGUCCAAGUUCUGGAUCGCCCAGAGCAACCACGUGGACCUCUGGUCGCCAAAGAUAUCGGCAGCACUGACCUCUUCCUGUCGUGGAAGGAACCAGCAGAUAAUGGUGGCUCACCAAUCACACACUACAUCAUUGAAAGGCGUGAGGAGGAUAGAACAUCGUGGACCAGACUAACAACACGUGCCCUGGAUACUACCGUACGGGUUACAAGUCUACAAGAGGGUGCGUCCUACGUCUUCCGUGUGUUUGCUGUCAACAAGAUCGGUGACAGUGAGCCACUUGAAACGAAGGAAACAAUCAAACUAAAGAAGAAAUACGAUGUACCUGAAGCGCCUAGCAAGCCCCUUGUCACCAACGUGACUUCCGACUCGGUGACCCUAGAAUGGCAUUCACCUAAAUCAGAUGGUGGUGCUCCAAUCUCAGGAUACAUCAUAGAAAAGAAGGAAACAUCCAGCAACUAUUGGUCCAAGGUGACGACCGUAUCCAGCGGGGUGACAUCACACAGGAUUCCUCGUCUUAUGCGCGGUGAGGAGUAUGAGUUCAGAGUCAGCGCUGAGAACAGGGCUGGCCCUGGACCUGCAAGUACACCUUCUGCUCCGAUCAGGGCUGAGGAUACCACAGUUUUACCAAAGUUCAGCGGGCGCUUUGAUGAACCAAUUAUGGCAAAGGUUGGUGAGUCCUUCCGUAUUGAGGUACCCUAUACCGGUAUCCCCACGCCUGCUGUAACAUGGUCAUUCGAUGGCCGACCUCUUAAGCCAUCAGCUCACAUCAGGAUAGAUACCAGUAACCGUGCAUCAACAAUCACCGUGAAGAAUGUAGAAAAGGCCAAUGGAGGGCGCUACACCAUCAACCUGAAGAACACCGCAGGUGCAGAAUCCUUAGAUGUAGAAGUACGUGUGUUUGACCGCCCUGGUCCUCCACGUGGGCCACUUGAAAUGAGCAAUGUCUCAGAGAGCACUGUCACACUUUCAUGGAGCCCGCCCUCUGAUGAUGGCGGCAGUCGCAUCUUCACGUAUGUGGUGCAGAAGCGUGGUGAGAUCGAGACCAAAUGGAAGCACGUCAACAAGGAUUACAUCAUCGAUCUGACGUACAAGGUGACAGGACUGAAGGAGAAUAAGAAGUACCAGUUCCGUGUGCUGGCUGAGAACCAGUAUGGACAGAGCAAACCUCUUGAAGGACAAAGCAUCACACCUCAGGGACAGUACAAUGUUCCCGACCCUCCAUCAGCUCCUAAAGUCACCAACAUCAUUGGAGACUCUGUCACUGUCGGCUGGACUCCACCAUCCAACGAUGGUGGUGCUCCUGUCACAGGGUAUGUCGUCGAGAUGCGACAGACCACAAGUCCACGAUGGAUCAAAGCCACCCUGACCCCGACCCCUGACACGACCUUCAGAGCGUCUCGGUUGAUCCGAGGCACUGAGUAUGAGUUCAGGGUUUGUGCUGUCAAUCGUGCAGGAACAGGCCGUCCAGGCGAGCCGUCAAACACUGUAAUGGUGGAAGAUCCAGCUGUAAAACCAAAAUUCAACCUUGAUGCCCGCUUUGAGAAGGUAAUCACCAUCCGGGCAGGCCACACAUUCCGUAUUGACAUUCCCUACAAAGCCACUCCAACCCCAACUGUAUCAUGGACCCAAAACGGAGACACCGUCCAGAAGUCUAACCGCAUCACCAUCGACAGCAACAACUACGGUACCACACUUACCGCAAGAACAGCUGAGAGAACAGACAGCGGUGAUUAUGUCAUAAGGGCUUCCAACAAGGCAGGAGAGGAUACAGUGACGGUGACAGUGAAUGUCGUUGAUAGUCCGUCACCACCUCAAGGUCCUCUUGCACUUGUCAAGCUGGGUAGCAAUGAGGUGACCCUAUCGUGGAGCCGACCGCGGGAUGACGGUGGUAGUCCAAUUACAGGUUACGUGCUGGAAAAGAGAGAGGGAGGAUAUGGAUCGUGGACCAAUGUCUCCAGUAAGAUCCCAGAUACAACAUUCAGAGUAACCAAACUCACCGAGGACAGAGAAUACCAAUUCCGUGUCAGGGCUGAGAAUAAUCUUGGAGUCAGUGAGCCUCUUGAGAGCGAAAGGAUCAUUCCAAAGGGAGAUUACGAUGUCCCAGAUCAACCUGGCAAGAUCAAGGUGGACACCAUCCAGUCGGACAGCGUCUCCUUGACCUGGUCCAGACCUCAAAGAGAUGGUGGCGCUCCUGUCACUGGAUACAUCGUGGAGAAGCGCGAGAGAGGCCAACCAGAAGCCGGAUGGAACAGGACGAGUUACAAACCCGUCAUGGAUACGACUAUCAGGGUUCCACGCCUGUCCGAAGGCAAGGAAUAUGAGUUCCGCGUCAGUGCUGUCAACAAGGCUGGCAUGAGUACUCCUGCAGCAACUGCAGCUCCUGUUAUCGUGGAGAGACCGUCUUAUGCACCAAAGAUAGAUCUUGGAUCACAAUUCCGCGACGUUAUCACCGUCCGUGCAGGUACCCUCUUCCAUCUCGACGUCCCAAUCUCGGGCACACCUACACCUACAGUCGCAUGGCUGAUGGAUGAGAAGCAGGUUGAUGAUGGAAGACGCAUCAAGGCUUCUACCACAACAUACAGCGCCGUCUUGACAAACAAGGAUGCCCGUAGAACAGACAGUGGCACCUACACCAUCAAGAUCAGCAACAAAGCUGGCACUGAUACUGCAACCAUCAGGGUAGCAGUUCUUGACAAGCCAUCUGCUCCCGAAGGACCCAUCAAGGUUACAAGCAUCACUUGCGACUCGGUCACGCUGGCAUGGGAGCCACCCAAAGACGACGGUGGUGCUGACAUCACUGGAUACAUCUUGGAGAGACGAGAACCAGACCAAUUCCGCUGGACCAGAGUGACAUCCACACUGUCCAGUCCCCGCUAUGCUGUGACGGGACUGAAGGAUGGCAGGAGUUACCUGUUCCGCGUCAGAGCCGUCAGCAAGUACGGGGAGAGUGAACCACUUGAGACAGAGGAUGCCAUUUUGAUCAAGAGUGCCUUUGAAAAACCUCCAGCUCCAGGCGUUCCUAAAGCCUCCAACGUCAGGGAUGACAGUAUCACAUUAUCAUGGCAACCGCCUCACAGUGAUGGAGGAGCUGAGAUCCACAACUAUAUCCUUGAGAUCAAGGAGACCAGAGGAACGAGGUGGUUGAGAGCUACAAGGAAACAGCUCAAGAGCCCGAACUUCAGGGUGACUGGACUGUCAAAGGGAAGGGAGUACGAGUUUAGGGUAGCGGCCGAAAACGAGGCAGGACUGGGCGCAUUCAGCAAAACAUCUGCACCCAUCGUCUCCAAGACACCAAUCGAACUUGCCGAGUUCGUCGAGCCCCUCAAGGACGUCUCCGCCAAGGCGGGUAAGAUAGUUACCUUGGAAUGCCGCAUCUCCAACCCCAAUGCAGAAGUCAAGUGGAUGAAGGAUGGCUUCCAAAUCUUCGGGUACGACCGCGUCAAUGAGAUCAAGGAGGGUCAACGUCGUGCUAUCACCCUCCGCAACGUAGGGGACAGGGAUACCGGGAAGUACUCUUGCGAGUGUGGAAAACAAUCGACCUCCUGCUGGCUCUCUGUGACAGCACCACCCACCAUUGAUGUCAAAGCAUACAAAGACGUUGUCGUCGUCAAAACGGGCAACACACUGCGCCUGCUUGUGCCAUACACAGGAUGUCCUUCCCCCAAGGUGGAAUGGCAUCGCCAUGACGCCCGUAUCAGUGAGGACACCAGGACACACAUAGAGACCCGUGACAACCGCACGCAGAUAACCAUCAGGAACGUUGUCCGUGGCGACACUGGCAAGUUCAGCAUUACGCUGACCAACGAGGCUGGACAAGAAACUGCAAUCAUCCGCGUAAACGUCAUUGACGUACCUGGCCCACCAACUGGCCCACUGGAGAUCACCGAUGUCGGCCGCCACUGUGUAAGCUUGUCUUGGGAACCUCCCAAGGACGAUGGCGGUUCUCCCAUCCAGUCCUAUACCGUCGAACAGCGUGAGGCAAAUCGUAGGAUGUGGACCUCGGUCUCCAACUACGUGUCCCAUGUUCCGUUCACGGUCUCUGGACUGAGUGAGAAAGUGGAGUACGAGUUCCGCGUAUGCGCAGAGAACAUCAAUGGAGUUGGACCACCGCUUCAUGGCAUUGAACCUGUGGUCAUUGUGGCUCCUUAUUCUGUGCCCACACCACCCGGUAAGCCUGAGAUCAGCAAUGUCCAGCGUGACCGCAUGACACUGACCUGGUCAGAGCCCAGCCACGAUGGUGGCAAACCCAUCCAAGGGUACAUCAUCGAACGCCGGGAGAACUUCAGCAAACAGUGGAACCGGGUCAACCGCGACCUCAUCAAAGAUACAACGUUUACGAUCAAGGGCCUGACAGAAGGAAGUAACUACGAGUUCCGUAUCAGUGCAGUCAAUGACACUGGCAUUGGUAACCCAAGUGAAGUCUCGGCACCGCCUAAACUUGCCAGAUCCCCUGCAGGCCGACCCACACCACCCGGUGCUCCCAUCAUCGGCGACAUCACGGCGACCUCAGUCAGCCUCUCCUGGUCAGCACCCUCGACAGACGGUGGUAGCGAGAUCACACACUACAUCGUGGAGCGAAGACUCAAAGGCUCCUAUAUGUGGAUCGACAGGACGGUGGUCCAUGACACAAGCUGUUCCGUCAAUAAUCUCGUCGAGGAUAAGGAGUACACAUUCAGGGUGACGGCUGUAAAUGCUGCCGGCAAUGAGAGCGACCCGAGCAGGGCUUCGGAGUCAUUCGUAGCCGAAUCACAGCUGCCUGGAGCAGCCCCAUCAAUCCUGAUAGAGAUCCAGAAUGCUAUGGUAGCUGAGGGACAGACUGGCAUGUUUAUGUGCAAGAUCUCUGGCGCUCCCAAACCAAAGGUUUCCUGGAUGCAUCAUGGUAGGGAGCUGAUGCCCGGUAGGAAGCACAACAUUACAGAAGAUAAUGGUGUCUUCAAGAUCGUUGUCUUCUCGGUGACCGACUAUGAGACUGGCAUGUACACCAUCAUUGCCAAGAAUAAGCAUGGCUCAGUCAGAUCAUCUGCUGAGCUCCUCAUCCAGAGACCACCUCAGCUAAGCAUUGACCGCCAUCUCCAAGACCUAUCGGUCAGAGCUGGACAGGAGAUCCACAUUCCGGUGACACUGACCUACGGAACACCCAAACCCACAUUCACAUGGCGAAGACACGAUGGUGAAGAGUUGGAUACACGUGGUCGUUACAGCACCAAAGAGCAAGGACGUGUUCAUGACUUUGAACUUCCUGAUCUGGGAGGGAAUCGAUACCCCCUCUCAGGUUUCUACACGCUCAAGACAGAGAAGCUACUGAGAGAAUCCGGAUGCGGCACAACCUGGGCGAACAAUAACUUACUGUCUUCAAAGAAAUUGAGGGUGAAUGUGGUCGGAGGAAUCGCCGAGUUGUAUGUGAAGGAUGCCGAGAGAGAAGAUUCCGGUACCUACACACUGGAAGCAGUGAAUGAGCUAGGACGACACAGCAUCACAGCAAGGGUCAAUGUACUAGACCGACCCGGUCCACCCCAAGGACCAAUCUCCAUCCAGUCCAUCACCAACAACUCUGCUACCUUCACGUGGACCCCGCCCCUUGACGACGGUGGUGCACCAAUCCAGCGUUACCAAGUGUCCAUCCGAGAGUCCAACCGCACCCACUGGCAACCACUCGGCACCUCCUUGCUGCCUAACUUUACGGCUAAGAAGCUGAAGGACAAUACCCACUACGUGUUGAGGGUGACGGCUGAGAACCAGUAUGGCACUAGUAGGCCUCUUGAGAUCAGAGAAGCUAUUCUGGUCAAGAGUCCAUUUGACCCACCAAGUGCUCCAGGCAGGCCAACCAUCAGCAACAUCCAGCGUGACUCUGUCCAUGUCUCCUGGACCGCUCCAUCUUCCGAUGGAGGUUCUUCGAUCACAGGUUACAUCAUCGAGAGACGAGACACCACCAGUCAGAGGUGGAUCAAGGCCAACCACGAGCCCGUCACAACCACCAGUCAUACCCUCAUCAACCUCAGGGAAGAUACAGAGUAUGAGUUCAGGGUCAUGGCUGAGAACAGCAUGGGAGCCAGUGAACCAUCAACUGUGUCUCAGAGAGUGCUGGUCAGAGAUCCAAUCGACACUGUACCUCCCCAAUUUGUCAGCAAACCUCAGAACGCUCAUGUAGCAGAAGGCAAGAGCGUGACCGUUACCUGUCAAGUCAGUGGUUAUCCUGCCCCAGAGGUCAGAUGGUACCGCCUGGGUCGUGAGAUCGCCCAUGGUCGCAAGUUCCAGAUCGGCGGAGACGGCAACAUCCACACCCUCACUGCCAACCAACUCUUCCCAGAGGAUGUGGGAGAGAUCUCUGUCACUGUUACCAACAAGGGUGGAACCAUUACCGACGCAUUUGAGCUCAAUGUGCUUGUCAUGCCCAAGCUCACCUUACCAGCCCGACUCCGCACACCAAUCCACCUUCUCCUGGGCGAGUACAUCAUGCUCAAGGUGCCUUUCAGUGGCACUCCAAGACCCAGCAUCAAGUGGGACAGAGACGGAGAGGACGUGGUGGAUGGAGGUCGCUUUGAGAUCAAGGCCACACCUCAUGAUACCACACUCAUCAUACGUGGAAUUACCAAGGAGGAUGCUGGAAAGUACAGCGUGGUGGCUUCCAAUGAGCUUGGUCAUGAUACCUGCUCCAUCCAAGUCAACAUUCUUAGACAUCCUGAUUCUCCUCGCAACCUUGAAUGCCUGGAGAUCACAUCAGAAGCCAUCCGCCUUGCCUGGAACCCACCCAUCUACGACGGUGGUUCCAACAUCUCCUCGUACAUGGUGGAGAAACGGGAAGUAGGUGUCCUCACCUGGGCCAGGGUCAUCAGCUCCAAGAACACCCAUCACACCGUCAUCAACCUUCGUUCAGAUACCCAGUAUCAGUUCAGAGUCACCGCCUUCAACAUGUAUGGAGCCAGCGAGCCUUGUGAAGCAACUGCUGUUAUCUGCACCAAGUCAUCAAAGGCUGGCAGACCACAGUUUGAGGAUUAUGAAGGAAAACGUCGCUUCUAUGACUCUCUGGUCGACUAUGACAGAGGCCCUCAUCCAUUCGUCAAUAGGGAAGGCUCCAUAUACGAUUACUACCAGAUUCUGGAGGAACUUGGAAGAGGAUCAUAUGGUAUUGUCUACCGAGCCAUCGAGAAGAAAACCCAGAAGACCUGGGCAGCCAAGUUCAUGCGUUGCUUUGGCAAAGAGCGUGACCUGGUCAGGCGAGAGAUUGAGGUCAUGAAGAAGCUCCAUCAUCGUCGUCUUCUCAACCUCCACGAGGUCUUUGAGACCAACGAAGAAAUCAUCAUGAUCCUUGAAUUCUUGUCUGGAGGAGAGUUGUUUGACCGUCUGGUCGAUGAGAACCACAUCCUGACAGAGCCUGAAGUUAUCUUCUACAUGAAGCAGACCUGUGAGGGUGUGAAGCACAUGCAUGAGAGGCACUUGGUCCAUCUUGAUCUCAAGCCUGAGAACAUCAUGUUGUGCGCUCGGAACAGCGACGACAUCAAAAUCAUUGACUUCGGUCUGACCAUGGAGCUCGACCCAGACAAACCUGUCAAGAUCAUGUUCGGUACACCUGAUUUCAUCGCGCCUGAGGUUGUGAAUCACGAACCCAUCGGACUACCGACAGACAUGUGGGCGCUAGGUGUUAUCGCAUACCUCAUGUUGAGCGGUAUAUCACCAUUUGAGGGAGAGACAGACCGUGAAACCCUCAAGAAUGUUGCCACAGGAGAAUGGGACUUUGACGAGGAAGCAUUCGCUGACAUCUCAGAUGAAGGUCUUGACUGGAUCGAGAGGAUCCUCAUCAAGGGGAAAGAGGGAAGAAUGACCAUCCAAGAAGCUCUUGACCAUCCUUGGCUCCAGAUGGAGACUGAUGAGAUGGCCAGACGCCGUGCUCGUCGCCUUGACAACAGCCGACUCCGCAAGUACCGUGACAAAAACGCACCAAAGGGUGCUGGACGAACUGUCAAUGCCAUUGGACAUCUGGCCCAUGGUGGUGCCCUUCGUGAGAUGCACAAGAUGUACCGAGGCAAACCUCUCAUGGAGAGGGAAUGCUACAUGGAUGUCCGCGAUGCAGCACCCAAGUUCAUCAAGCCCUUGGAGAACACCAUGGCGAUCGAAGGUAACGCUGGUCGCUUUGAGUGUGAGGUCUCCGCCCUCUCUGAACCUCUCAUCACCUGGUUCCGAGGCAAGCAAGAACUCAUUAUCAGUAUCAAGUACAAGAUGCUCUACGAUGACCACAAGUACACCCUCAUCGUUCAAGAUUCUGAGUUCGAUGAUAUCGACGAGUACACGUGCAAGGCGGUCAACUCUUACGGACAUGCUACCUCAUCUGCCAGCCUAGAUGUGCAAUUGCUCGAUGCGAAAGAGCUAGACUCAAGAGGAGAACGCAGAGGUCUUGACAUGAAGAGAAAGAAGAUUCCUCUGGGUGAACGAGCUAAGAAGCUAAGAAAAGCCCAGGCCGAGGCACCCAGCAGUGACAAGGCUCCACAGCUGAUCAGACCACUUGAAGACCAGGAAUGCGGCUUUAGCUUCAUCAUGCCUCUCUCUUUCCAAGUUGCCGAGAUCCCAGGUAUGCCUGAACCCAAGGUGAAAUGGUAUCACGAGGACAGGCCACUGAAGCCCGGUGCUCACUACCACUUCUACGAGGAAGAUGGAGUCCACACACUGGAGAUUGACGGUACUACUGAGAAGGAUAAGGGCCAGUACACUGCAGAGAUUUCCAACCAGUACGGAAGUAUCGCAACCAAGUGCAGACUGGACGUCAAUGAACUAUUCUUGACCAAGUUCAAGGACUACCGCAAACCUCACUUCGACCUCCACCUGAGGGAUAUCUUCAUUGUGGAAGGCAGUGCUGCUAGACUCGACUGUAAGGUGACUGGAGUACCUGAACCCAACAUCAGAUGGUUCAAGGACCACAAGGAGAUCUUUGAUGGCCAGCACUACUCGAUCGAGUUUGGAGAAGACGAUGAAACCUGUAGCCUCAUCAUCCAAGAGGCUUUCCUCCAAGAUGCGGGAACCUACACCUGUCUGGCCUCCAACCUCCUUGGAAGAAUCUCCUGCGAUUCCUACGUCAGGGUUGAACGCCUUGGGGUGGAUAGCGAGGGAGGAUCCGCACGUUCAAUUUUGCAUGUGAAGCAGUUAUAUAAAAGAAAGUUUUACAGGGAGUCUAGCGAGGACGAGCGUGUGGUAUCCCGAUCUAAGAUCGAACCGGUCCGAAGCGGCAGCCGCGUGCAACUACCGUUCUUCAGUCUGCCGCUACGCCGAAAGACCGUGUACGACGGCGAACCGGCGCGUAUCAGCUGCAACGUGCAAGGAACACCGAAGCCGAAGAUUUCUUGGAGCAAGAACGGUGUACCGAUCUACGAUGGAACGUUCUACAAUAUCACCUACCGAUGGGGCGUGGCCAUGGUCGAGAUCCGUCACGCAAGCAAGAGCGACACCGGUACAUUCAGGUGCACUGCCAAAAACGCGGAGGGUGAAGCGACCUCAGCUUGCGAGCUGGUCGUUGAACAAAGAGUACCACGUAGUGAAACAGAGGACUACAUCCGUCCGUCUUUCGCCAAGCCGCUGCGACGUAUCCGUGCCAAGGAAGGCAGGAAGGUCCGGCUUGAGAUCCAAGUCAUGGGAUGGCCGGAACCAAAGGUCACCUGGUUGAAGGACAACGUCGAUGUCGUGCACUCCGAUCACAUGUACGUCGAGAAGUUCCCUAACGGACUUCAAUCCCUGGUCAUCUACCGUGUCGUACCAACAGACGCAGGCCGCUACCAAGCGAUCGCUUCGUCACCAGCUGGCAAAGCAACGUGCUCUGCCGAUGUCGACGUGAUUCCAGGGGAAGCAUUACCAGAUCGCGGUGGAGAUGUUGGGCGUGGGCGUCAUAAGACUCGCAAGGCACCACGAUCACCUCGCAGUUACCUCGAUGUUGCCACCGAGAGUACCCGCCCUCAUCAAAAGCGUUCUAAGCAUCUACGCGACCCAUCAAGCCUUUCACCAACAUACAACUACGAAUCGAAGCGCACACAACGCAAGGAUUAUUACACACCAAGAACCGACGUUCUUGCGCCGUCACGCAGCCGCUCUUUCAGUCCGACGUCACCAACGGGAUUAUCGCCGUCAUCGCGCUAUUCUCCAUCCCGCCCGCAUACGCCAUCGACCUACCGCCCGUCUUCACCAAUGGGAACGUAUAGGCCUUCUUCCCCGACGUAUCGUUCACCGUCACCGGCUUACCGCCCCGCAUCGCCGACAUACAGGCCGUCAUCACCAUACCACAGCUACGCAACAUCAAAACGUCUAAGUAGCCGACAAGGUGUAGAAGACUCGGGCGUAGACUAUUAUCAGGCAAGGUCUGACAGACCUUCGCAAUAUGCUGAAAUGAAGGAAUCUCGUAGAACGACGCGAGACUCUGGACCCGGGUUUUUGGAUGUAACGCGCACAUCGGCGACAUUCACGCGAUCUGGUGGCAGACCCCUGCCAAAGUUGACCUCUUACACCGCGUGGUAUGAUAACAUGCGAGGCAACCGCGAUCGACCAUCGACGCCAACAACGACUGACCGCACACGAUACACUGAGCCAUACCGCCCAGCAUACACUGAGCCGUACCGCCCAGUGGUGCGAGAUCGACCUGUGGCGGGGCCCACGAGGAUACCGCGUCGCGUCUACCGCAGCGAAGAGGAGGACUAUUACUCAGCACGCCAGGUUACAAGUCCCUACAAACUGGAUGACAGGUACAGCCGAGAGUAUGGCGGUUACGAGGUAAGCGAUGAUGAGUUUACUAUGCGAACAUACGCACCCAGCGCUUCGGGAGUCGCAGCCGACGACGAGGAACCAGAGUAUGCGGCACCAGAAGAACCAGAACAGGCCGGACCUCCGUCCUUUGACAAGAAGUUCCAGGACAUGUCUAUCCGUGAUGGAGAAAGGGUAGUCCUGGAGGUAGUGAUUACCGGCUCUCGUCCAAUGGACGUCGGCUGGCUCCGCAAUGGACAGGACAUCGUUGACUGCAAGGAGUUCCGCUACGUGAGCCGUGGCAACAUCUACCAGCUGGAGAUUGCAGAAAUCUUCCCCGAGGACAGCGGCAAGUACACUUGCGAAGCCCUGAACGACCACGGAGAAUCCGAGUGCAGCGCCAUGAUUACCGUCAAUGAAGAGCCAAGCGUAAGCAUCAGUAUCUCACAGAGCAUGGAUGUUGAUGUUAGUCUGAGUACAGACAUGCCAUGCACAGCCACCAUGGACGAGGAUCACAUCCCACCAGAGUUCUUUGAAGAACCUCAGUCACAGAUGGUAGAAGAAGGCACCACUGCAGUCUUCACGUGUGAUGUAGAUGGUGACCCAGUACCCUCUCUGACGUGGUCAAAGGAUGGUCGUCCGUUCACAGACGGUGGUCGUUUCUCGAUCCGAAGUGACAAGUUCACGCACACCUUAGAGAUCCAGAAUGCGCGCUCAACCGACGCUGGUGUAUACGCCUGCACGGCCAGGAACAGCGAAGGCGAGGUCGUUUGUGAGUUCACACUCGAUAUCCUGCCAACCGGUGCUGAUGAUAAGGGAAUCACCGCCUCUGAUGUCAGUAGUGCUGCAGCACGUGACUCUGCAGAGUCUGCCAAGUCAUCCUCUGCACCUUCCGCCGAACCAUCGGCAUCAACAGCACCCCAGGGCUCUGCUGGCAAGGGACCUAAAGACGGCGAAUCAACAACAGGAGUUUCUGGAUCCGACACAGAUUCACAAGAAGGAGGUCCACCUAAGUUCCUUAGGGGUCUUCAAGAAGAGUAUGCCUGGGAGGAGGACGAGGUCGUACUUGAAUGUCAUGUCCAAGGUGUUCCCAUGCCAACCGUCAAGUGGUUUGUCCACAACAAGGAAAUCGAGUCGGACAAGUUCGUGGUCAUCACAAUGGACAACGACGGCGUUAGCCGCCUCACCAUCUCUGAAGCUUUCGCGGAGGACUCGGGCGUGUACCGCUGCGAAGCGACCAACUCUUCAGGAACGGCUUCAACGUCCGGAGAACUCAUGGUUGCAGGUAAAGUGGUCGUUCCCAAGGCACCUGGCGGUAAGCCAAAGGUGGAACAAGCCUCCAAGACCUCCUUCAAGAUCACAUGGGCAGCACCAGCAGAGGAUGGGGGAAGUCCCAUUUUCAACUACAAGGUUGACGGCCGAAAAGCCAAAGAAACAGGGUGGACCGAAGUCGCAAACGUCACUCAAACAUCCUUUGAAGUUACGGGCAUAGUCCCCGGUGUUGAGUACGUUUACCGUGUCUCGGCCGAAAACGAAGCCGGCUGGUCCCCGUCAACUGCAAUCUCAGAUCGCGCAGUUAUUACAGAGUCAGAGUCCCCGCCAAAAACGUCAUCUAGCACCGACAAACCGCCAGUUGUAAAGGACAGUCCACCCAACAAAGAUCAAGCAGGAAAAGGCCCCGGCCCUAAGCCAUCAGCAGCCCCACCCCCUCCCCCUAAGCGAGGAGGUGGAGCUUUAGCUAACCGGAUGGCCAAAUUCUCAAAGUAGAAGAUAGUUUUUGUAGUUUUAGUGUAGCCUCUUUCUUCACACCACUAAAAUUCAUCCAAAAAUUAUUCAUAAAAAUUCUAAAACCCUCCGAAAAAUUACAAAAUAAAAAUAUAUGAUAAUUCUGUAUUUCUUCCUCCUAGCAUUGCAUGAUUUUAGAUAAACUGUGAUUUCUUUCAUUUCUUUAUGAUUAUUUGAUAUGUACAUAAUAAAUCUCUAUUUUGGAAUGUUUUCUUCAGAAAUAUGUCUGAGAAUUCUCCUGCUUGACUUUGGUAAUGACUGCGCCGGCUAAAGACAAUACAGUAAUGCAUAUGAUUGGAUAUGCCUCAAAGUGAUUUAUGUUUUAUAAGAAGUGAAUAUGGAAACAAUACCAUAUAAAGCUGAUGAAUUAUCUGUCAUUCUUAUAAACAAUGCGUACGUAUUAUGUUAGUUAAUUUUGCUUUACCAUCAAGCAAACAAAACGACCAACAUUUUCGUACAAGGAGAACUGUAACAUUUUUUGUAUAAAACAAGCGUAACUAAGUUAAACUUUUCAAAGCAACUUGAAAUCACACAAUUAAUGUAAACAAGAUUAUUAUGUAAUGUAAUAUUUAUCAUGGAAUCAUGCCAUUUACCUGCGGGUGAUGAUGAUUUGUUACCGACAUAGAUGUAAAUAAUUCCGCUAAAUUUUGUUUUCUUUCCGACGGUCGGUGUCAGAUGAGUUUUUUAUAAAGCUCUUUUUUUCUCGUUUUUUCGACUGGAAUAAAAUCUGUUGAUAGUGUAUAAUACACGCUGGAGGACCCAGACUAUGAAAUGAAAAUUUAAUUUGAUUUGAUUUUCAAUAACAUGUAUAAAGAGAGUUGAUUGAUUUGAUCAUCAAUGUGCCUUAAUGAACCGUAAAUCUGUAAUAUGUCUUGAUGACAUAAAUCAUAUGAGAGCUAUAUGAUAAUACAGGUCAUGUGACUUUACAUAUAAUAGUCUUCCAUUUUGUAAGAAGCAGUUUCAAAAGGAGACAAUGUGCCUUUUUGGUGCUAUAUUCAAAAGGAGACAAUGUACCUUUUGUGGUGCUAUAUUUCAUAGAAAUUUGUUUCUGAAUAUACCACCUAUUUUUAUGAAUCUGACUAUGCAACUUUUGUAUGCUGAUAAGUGACAGAAUCAUGAACUAUUUGAAAUAAAUAGUGAAGACUAAUGUAAAAUCAAAAGUGAUUUGCAAAUGUUGAGAAUGUAUCAAACUUUGAGGAGACUAAUCAAGUAGUCAUUGAUAUGAAAUGACAAUGACUUUUUAUAUAAGCAAUAUGCAAAUGAGUGCAAGGAGAAUAAAUUGCAGAUAUGUUAUCAACAUUUCAAUGAAUAUUUAUGAGAACAAUGAACAGGAGUUUUGUGACUGUGGUGGACACAUAAAUUCCGUUUGCAGUGUGGUGGAAAUUAUACAUGAAUUAUUCAUUGAAAUUUUGAUAAAACGUAUUUAUAGGGCAUCUGUUUUGAUAUUGUUUUUCAGAAUCAAAUAAUUGUGGUGGUUAUUUGAUUGAAAAACAUAUAAAAUAAUGACCUUGCAUUCAUUUGGAAUAUAUGCAUUAUAUUCUACAUGAUCAGUGGCAACGAAAAAGAAAUUAAGCGAUAAGUUAAGUGAAAGUAAUAGUUUUUAUUUAUAGAAAAGAAGAAAUUUUGGAACUGCUUGUAGUGCUUCUUGUAGAAAUAUUAAGUUGCUUAAGAUUUUUUUUUUGCGCAUUGUGUUUGGGCAGCCAAACGUACCUUUAAUGUUUUUUAUUUGUAGUUUUGUUUACUUUGUAGUUCUUCACUUUUGUAAAAAUCUUUUUGUAGAUGCGUUUUUGUCAAGUAUAAACCUUUCACAUGUAAUUUAAUGCAUUUAGUUUCUUCUUUUCCCUCCUGCGAACUCUAAAACAGCAGUUCUAGCUUUGCUUUACCUCCAAUAUGUAGUACUCGUGCAGUGGCGUUAACUAGAAAUAUACCGUGGAUUUAAACAGAUUGUUUUUACACUUUAUCUCUCUCUCCUAUGCUGUAUGUAUAGUUUGUAAUAUCAAUGUAGAAAGAAAAAGUAGGAGGGAUAAAUCCUUCAAAAUCUAUUUCUUUUUUGUUCUGUAAUUACUCGAUUUAAAAGUUUUUGUUAUUUAUUUAUUGUAUGUAUUGAUUGUAUAUCAAGUGCCAAAAGCGUUUAUCAACAAGUUCUAAAAUAGAAUACUAAUAAUAUAUUAAUUUCAGGCAUUAUAUUGCACAUUAUUGGCAAAAUAUUUUAUCAUCACAAUGCGAAACGAAGGAGAAAAAAUGCAACUCAUUUAACCAUGCAAUAAAGAAUGUUUGGGGCAAAAUCUAAAUGUUUUUAUAUCUAUCUGCUCAACGCUUUGCGUGUUCCCAAUUUUCAAGAAGAAAUUUAGAAUCCUUAAUUACCGUUGAAUAAAUGUGCAAUUGUAUCUCUAGAA